CAGACUUCAAUAGGUAAGGGUUUUUCGUCCUGUUAUCUGCUGCCCUGCUUGGGGCAGAUAAUGGCUUGUCGGUGUGGCUGCUGUUGCGGUUUUGGUCACCUGAACGAAGACAACGGUAGAUUUCUUUUGCUGGCACUUCUCAUAAUUUUGUACUUGCUCUGUGGCGCCGCCAUCUUUUCUGCCAUCGAGCAUCCCAAGGAGAAGGAAGCUAAGGAGAGGUGGCAGCAUAAACUAGACAACUUCACUCACAAAUAUAAUCUCAGCAAAACUGAUCUACACAACUUUCUUCGGGACUAUGAGGAGGCAAAUGUCGCAGGGAUUAGAGUGGACACCAUUAGACCAAGGUGGGAUUUUCCUGGGGCUUUCUAUUUUGUAGGAACAGUGGUCUCAACAAUUGGUAAGUCAUAGUCUUACAGAUAAUGCAUUGUCUUGAUAAUUAACAAUGGGGAACAAGGGAUUUUAAAGCUAGACUUUAAGGCCUAAAUGGGCAUGCAUCACUUGACAAUUUUUUUUUUUUAAACCAGCAAGCAAACACUUUCAAACCAAUUUGCAAACCAAAUUAAAGCAAACAAAUCUUUGAAAAGUUUAUAAUAAAUGUUUGUAAACUGACUAUAAACUUGGUCAGAUUACAUUAAUGGUAACGCUUCUCAAGCAGGGGAGUUUCUUCAGCCUCCCAACCUUACCCACCUAUCUCCGUUUCAGACUGGUCCACAAAUGGCAAAAACAGGGCUUCAUUGUGCAGCAGCAUGAUAGAGAAACCAGACACUGUAGCCUGCUCUCGGUGAUCACACUGAUCAAACUCCCUCUCUUCUUCUCCUGUCAGCAUGUUGCAAGGUGAAGAGAUUUUUGAAGUGCAAAUGUGUAAUCUGUCAGGAAAUGCACAAAGCACUUUUCCAGCAUUCCUAGGGAUAGGACACUGAUUGGUUAGGUCAGUGCCCAACUCUGGUGUGGGUGAGGAAAGCACAAGAAAGAAGCAGGUAAAUAUUAAAAAAUAUAUAACAUUUUCCUGCUUUUUUUCAGCCUGCAGUGUGAGGAAACUGUCUGAAUGAGACCGUUGUCUCAAACUGAUGCAUGUCCCUUCAAGCUAAGCAGAGAAAUAUAGAUUGUGUUCAGUGAUAAGAACUUUAUCCACCUAGACCAGGCUUCCCAAACUCCGUCCCUCCAGAUAUUGCUGAACUACAACUCCCAUGAUUCUCAGCCUAUCUAUUUCAUUCAUCCAUAGAAUCAUGGGAGUUGUAGUUCAGCAAUAUCUGGAGGGCCUGAGUUUGGGGAAGCCUGAUCUAGAUUCACGAGUGUACUUGCAUAUUCUUCAGAGAAAAAAAACAGAACAUUACGCCCUCCAAAAAAAAGUAAUUUUUAAAAAAUAUAUUCUGACUUUUAGAAUAAAAAAGUACCAGGAUCUAUUUCUAUAUUUUCAUCUUAAAAAUCAGCUGAUCAGGAAGUGAUUUGGGGUCUGAAGGCUGCCGGAUUGAUUUUGUUCUCAAUUAAAUUCAUUAGGUUGUGAGAUAACAAGGCCGACUGGAAAUUCAUUGACAUUACCUAAACAAAACAGAUUUGUCUGCGUGCAGAAUUUUGUAAUAAUUUUUUAUGAUCAAAUAUUUCCAUUAUACGAUGCUCGGAUCCUCCAAGGUUAUUGUAAUAUAUAUACCAAAAUGUCAAAGUACACUAUAAAAAUAAUAAUUCUUCGAAAUGACUCCUAAAAUACUACAUGGAUUUGAUAGUGUGUUGUUUUCUUUUGGAUUUCUUUUGGAUUAUAAAUUAAUUUCACUUUGUUUUUUUUUUUCUUACAAUUCCUAACAACAGUUAGAACUUACCCAAAAUAAAAAAAAAAAAAAAACAGAUUGUACUUUUAAUCCUAUAACUGCAGUAGUUGUUUUCAAAAAGCAGAUCACCUGCACUUGUAGAAUUGGUAGCACUAAAAUAAUAAACAUGAGGUUUUUUUUUAUGUAAAGUCAGUUCUUACAGCAUGAUCAAGCUUUGCAUAUGUUCCGUUCUUUCACGUUUGUGGGCCUGUUAUUUUGAGAGCAGAAGAUUAAAAUGUGAAAUGAUGAUACUGUGUGAUAAUAGCAAAGAUUAGAUUUGGCAAAGUAGCCCUCUGUUCUGUACAUUAAUUUCAGCGAAACAAUAGGCAGGAAAUAACACCUAUUUUAAUGCAUUAUAUAGCUAAUGUGUUCAAAAUGAUAAUAAUAAAAAUAAAAUAAAAGCUAAAAAUAAUACUUGAUGUGCAGCAUCCUAAAACCACAGCACUUGUACAAGCACGUGCUACAGCUGGCCACUUGUUCCCAAACCAGGAAGAUAUUCCAACAAUCAGGAGCUUUCUUUUCCUGGUCUAUAUUUUUUUUUCUUCUUUCGUAUCCUAAAAAUCCCUCUCCAGUUGGGUUUUAUGGAAUAUAUACAGAUUAGUCCUCAGCCACAGUUCUACCCACUGAAAAUGUUAUAACAGCCAUACCACGGCUGCUAUCAGCCUAUCCACAGCCGAUUCACAGUGUUCUAAAGCAAACAUCUGCUUCAGAAUGGGGAGGGCUAAGUUGUUCAUCCAAGUUCGGUGGAUGUCAAAGGAUGGAGUAAUAUUCAUUCUAUCAGCUCACUGAUGCAGGGGGCAGUCUUAUUGCUGAAACUCUGACGUGACAGUAUGACUCUAUACACCUUAGGCUUUGAUUUGGUGCAAAGUUGUUAUGGUGCUUUAUGUGUCCCUUUAAGUGCAACAGUGGAGAAUGAGAAUUCAUUGCAUAUAACCCUGGGCAUUCAGUUACAGAUCAGCAUGUUCCAAGCAUGCAUUGCAUUCAUAUCUUUUGUUGAAUAUCUCGUAAUAAAGCACCACUGUCAUUACUAAAAAAAUUGGGGGGGGAGGGGGGCCUGACCAUCAUGUUCUGCCCGAGCUCUGAGCCCACUCUCUGCUCUUGACCAAAUACUUGUCUCUAAGCUUGCAGAAACUACCUAAACCGAAUCUCCUCAGUUCCUACACCGAGUAGCAGACCCUCAGAACCGUUGGUCCGGUUUCAAUCAGCCGGAAAUCUUUGCAAGGCCUAGCAAAUUGCUGGAGGUGCGAGACAGCCGAUCCUCUGCCCGGUGCACCGCCACUGUGUCCUCAGCAACGUACCUGACAGACCCAUUCCCCCCCUCUAGACCAGUGGGGUUAUCCCGGUCCCCGCUGGUGACCAAAUAGCACUGUAACCUGAACUAACUCAUAAGAUUGCGGCCUACUCUUACUCAAAAUAGCCGCCGUGCUGCAGCCUGCUGCUCUGCAAUCACCUAAGAGCGUGGACCCACUCCUGCAAGCCUUUGAUAGACUGUGUGCCCAAUUCUGGGAAAAAUUGAGGGCUCGAACACUCACCUCUCCCACUACAGGCAGAGAACUUGCCCCACGGAUCCAGCCUGCUGACCAAUGCCGCAAGGUGAGGCUUCACCCACGCAAUCACGGAGUGUCCUCACGGAGAUUGAGGUACUAGCGGCAGCCGCGGCUCGCUCAUAGACACUGAUAUCGGGAACGUAGACCACCGCUGAAGCGAAAUCGCAGCACACUGAAUCCUGAACCCUGCUAACGGGCCCAUGCUAGCUGCUCCAGAUGGUGCAAACUCCACAAGUGUAACUUGCGCGGUCGAAGAAACUAUGCUGGACAGGGCUGCUGGCAUGCCCUGAGGGGGUCCCAGGGCCUUUUUCCCACGGUGGGUCUCUUGGAGGAACUUCUAGUGGAUGUGCCCUCACACCUGAAGACGAUGGAAACCCCUGCUAGGACCAACAAAACUUAUGCAUCCACCUGCCAUCAGCCUCCCAACUCUGGGCAUAGGCUGAACUGCCCUCCACACGGACUGCAAAUCCCACUCACACAGCAUUUAAGUUAAAAAUUUUUUUUUUUUUUUUUUUUAAAUUCUUUAUUUAGUCGUGUGAUAAUAGAACAAUUUUACCUAUUCUGCCACAACAGCAGAAGUAGGUUAUGAACAAGCAUACAAUUGCGAGGCAUAGGUAAGUAUCAACGAUUAAACAGCACUUUUUGUAAUAUAUCAACUGCAUUUGAUAGGACAUGUCGGUGAUGAGGUGAGUGCUUUUCGGGUGCAACAGGGCAUGUCAGUGCUCACGGGGUGAAUCAAAGCUUGUAGUUGCGGGUCUGAGACUAGGUGUUGAGCUAAGAAGGUUUUUAUCGUAUGUCCAUUGUGUCACUAUCUCAGGUCCCUGCUCCUAACAAACAAUACUCUAUACGAUCUGCAACUAGGUGUGUCGCUGUUAGGGGUGGUGUCUGUGUAUGGUUAUGUGACAGGAGGGUCAGGAGUGUAUUUACAUUCCCUUUGGCUUCACUCUUAUGUCUGCGUGUUUCACUAGAUCGUUUAUGUACCGUUUUGCUAUUUGUGCCCCUAACCAAGGGGGCGGCGGGGGGGGAGGGGGGGUUGAUAGAGCAUCUCUUAAUGCUGUCUGAGGUGGGUCUGGGUGCCCUUAAGGAGGGUCCCCGUUGUUAAAGGAGUAUAGGUAGAAGACCCUGUCAUACAGGUUGGGGAUGGUAAGUGUUCUCGGGUAUUCAACCUAUAUACAGAUAAACCAACAUUCGCAUUGCUAUUAUCUGGGUGAGCCGACUACUUAUAGUCUUUUUGUAGUGUCCUUGGUAUUGUUUCUUCUCGCCGUGAUUGGGUGGGCAAGCGGUGCUUCAAGCCAAGGGAGUGCCAUUCUCUAUGUCCCUCUGGCCCUCUGAUGUGUCUACAGUUGUCAGUCCCAGCGUUUCAAGAAAAGAUGAGGCUUCCGCAAGCGAGGUGAGUGUGAGGGUAGUCCCAUUGUGUGUAGUUAAGAGUGAGCCCGGCGCUCCCCACCUGUAGGUGAUAUUGGCGGUACGUAGUUGUUGGGUCACUGGAUGAAGUGAUCGGCGCCACUGUAAGGUGGCCCUCGUCAAGUCCUGAUAGAAGGUGAGACUAGAGUCUUCAAACAUUAGUGGGGUCUUGCCCCGCAGCGCUAUCAUUAUUUGUCCCUUGUCAGAGGAAGAUGCACAGCGAAGUAUAACAUCCCGAGCUGUUUGUGAGGCGGCUCUUAGGGGGCCCGCGUCCCGGUAUAUUCCGUCAAUCACCAUUUUUCUUGCCGCCGCUGGAGGUAAGAUUGUUGCCAGUAGCCUUCUUGUGUAGUGCGGCAGUUCAUCAGUGGAGAUCUCUGCAGGGAUGCCUCGUACCUUGAUGUUGUUGCGUCUAUGGCUGUUCUCGAGGGCGUUCAGGUGUAAGGCCAUAUUGUGGUGGGAUUUUUGGAGCUGGUGUACCGAGUCUUGCACUUUUGUUAGGUUAGUGGUAACUUCGGCUAUAUCAGCCUCUGUGGCCUGUACCCGGUCUUUUGUGCUCUGUAACUCUGCUUUUAUUCCUGUUAGUUCUUGCGACAGGAUUUUGUGAAACUCAUGUAGGAGGAUUUGUAAGUCAUGUUUAGUCGCUGGUGGUGAUCCCUCCGGGGAUGCUGGUGGUGCUAUAUAGAGGUUAUUUCUCUCGGUUAGUUCAGCUUGAGCUGUUUGGGUAGGACUAGGCUGAUUUUCCUCUGGGGUCUGUUUGGGCCUAGCAGGCCGCUGAAGCAUGGCCCCGAUGUCUCUACCUUCUAUCUGGGUUCCAGCUUUCUGGGAGCGUCGCCCCAUGGCGGGCAUGAAGUCUCCCGAGGUGGAAGGGGAUCCGAUGCCCGGGUUACUUGUAGGGCCUUGAUAGGCUCCACCGUAGAGCGCCGCUAGGGUAGGCAGUGUGUGCGCGGAGUAGGCCCCGGGCUUGCGCUUCUGCUUCUGCGUCUUUGUUUUCGCAAAGAAGGGCAUCUAUCGAUGCAGUGCGGGUUCCCAGGUCGGUGUAUGUGUUUGGGGUGGUGGGAUCAGGCUUGAUGGUCAAGAUUUAGGCGAGAUUUUAGUUUAGAUGUCGGAGCUGUCAGAAAUGGCGUCUGAUCAGCUCGGCAGUUGGCUCCGCCCCCCUAAGUUAAAAUUUUUAAAACCCACAUCUUAUAUUUGCUCUCUAAUAUUACUGAUGGCAACGCACACCGUUUAAUUUGAUUUACGAUUUAGUUUGACCUUAUAUUUACUAUUGGCUGAGCAGGCUACAGACCCCCCUCUACAGAGACGCGGUCCUAUUACCAGCCUCUUUCGUAUCAGUUAUAAUUUGUUUAUAUUGUUUUAACAUCAUACUAAGCAUCCAACAGCCAGCAGUGAAAGACGACUUUAAUAGCACUCGGUCGUAUUUCACUCUCCCUCUCUAGUCAGUUUUAUAUAUGUUCAGUUAAAGCAAUGUACAAUAAUCAGCUCUCUCUUACUGACAUAUAUCUGUUUGAAGCUUGCCUAUAGUAUCUAGCAGGAAUCUUGUCCAGUGAGGCUAGAUAAUCUGUUUAGACAAUACUUCAGACUUCCUGUCUUGCCUCUUGCUUUUCCUCAUGUACUUUAUAAUAUAAAAUGUGCUGUCCCAUCGACAUUUCCUACCACAACCAUACAUUUAUAUCGUUUCAUUCUGCACGUAAAAAUAAAGAAUUAAAAAAAUAUUUCAUAAAGAUAAUAUUCUAAGGAAAUACAUUGACUGUGAUUAAAUCCCACUGAAAUUCCAACGCAGUUAAAAGAUGUCAUAGGAACACCUUAUCUUGUGCAUUUUUUAUUACGCCUUACAAAACUUUAAAAAGGGCAGGGCUACCUAUAGGUUUUGUCAUUUCCACCAACCAUCACUACUGACUGCUAUGAGGAAAAAGACAUUACUGCAAUGUACAGCUUCAGAUAAGUAAAACGUGCCUUCACCGGCACCCCCGGCUCACAGCACUGCAAGUAAAUUACCCCAUUGAUGAUUUAUUUAUUUUUUUAAUAUUAUUAUUUAUAUAAAAUUUAUGGCUCAGUAGCCAUAUUGGGAUUCUACUAUUAUCUGACCAUCUGCUGCUCAGCCUAACCUGCUUUCUGCCGUGAUUGCUCUGUGUUUACUGUGUGAACCUGCAGCAAGCAUCUUAGGUUGAGCAGCAGUAGAAUCUGACCCAACAUGGCCGCUCAGAUCAUACAAAAAUAACAUUUUGUAGAAAAAAUAAAUAAAUAAAUAAAACUCCAUUUAAAAAUAAAAAUCGUGAAGUUUUAUUAAAUGCAAUAAACUUACAAAAAAAAACUGAAAAGUGACAAUAUCAUGACAUUUGUCCUUUAAGUACUUUUAUAGAGAAAAAAACCAGGAAUGGACAGGUAGCGAAAUUUCUAUUUGGGAAUUGGAAGUUGAUCUGAAAGGGAAUACAGAGUGGGCACUAUUGAAUCUUUUACUUAAUUUUUAAAGAGGAUUGCGCACAUUGACUCAAAAAUGUUCACUUCAGCGCUAUCUGUCAGCUAGAUCAAGAUCAAUUUAUGCAGAGGAGAUGUCUCACUAAGUGUUUUUAGCAGAACAUGAAACAUUCAUAUUUUAACAUUGUUACCGUGGAGAAAUCUUUAUAAAUAUUACAUUGGUUUCCAAGGCGAUUGCAGGAAUUUCAAAAACUUUGCUUUGCCGUUGUUUUUUUAUACCUUACAACCCUAUAUAUGUUUCAGUACAUCAUAAGCAUUAACCAUUUGAGGAGGACGAGGACCUCAAUAGUAUUUAGGCUACACACAUUCAAUAAACCGGGAUUGUGGAGACUUGAAUACUGUAGAACAUGUGCUAUUGUAAUCUCCCUGUGAACUCCACCGUUUAUGUUUUAGUAAAGAGCCCCUUCGGAAUAUGAAGAGCAUCUCUGGGGUAAAGGUCUAUCACAGCUGCAGUAACCAUGGAAACCAGUGCUCACUGUAGUGGUUACUUUGCCAAGAGUACUCUGAUGCCUCCCCCUUUUCAACGUCAAACUAUUUAAAAAGUUUGAUAUACACUGAGUCGCUUCCGAGACCCCAGGACCCCCCUCCCCCUCCAUCCACCACCAUGUCAGUAAUGUGGCAAAGGCACUUUUGCUUUAUUAAUGCCAAUUCGUUCAAUGUGGCAACAUGGAUUUGCUGAGAAUGCUGGAGUCGGGUUAGCCCAAUUCUCAGAGUCUGGUAUUGAAAUCCGAAGUUGGGCACACAAUGCAAAAAAUCUGUUCCACAUUAAAAGGGCUGCAGCAGAGGUGACGGGUUUUAUCAGAUUAAUUGAUAAAAGUUUCACUUUGGUUUCUGUUUAUGCAGUUCUAACCUGUGACUGAUACAGCCUGCAUGAAAAAAAGUUUCAUUUUCAAACAGAUAUUAACUUACGUUAAAAGUUUUUAUCUCCUGCUCUGCAAAUACUCUAACUUUAAUCAAGCACAAGAGGCUCAAGCAGGGUCUAGCAUGCUAUUAGCAGAACAGAUAGAAAUUCUAAAUUAAACAGAAUGUGAAAUAAAGGAAGUUUAAACAUUAGAUCUCUCUUUACAGGAAGUGUUUAGCAAGGGAGGUGUGACUGGGGCUGCAUUAACAAAGUGAUACAACUUAUAACUGGCAGAGAAUUGAGCAGUGAGACUGCAGGGACAUAUACACCAAAACUGCUUCAUUAAGGUAAAGUUGUUUUGGUGACUAUAGUGUCCCUUUAAAGUGUCUCUGUAAUCGCUAAAUCGGUUGGCUUUACACUUCUUACUGUAUACAAUAAAUUAUACAUUAGACUAGCAGUGCUGGGAGAAUGAUCCAUAGGAAGGUGUUAAUGUACAUUACAAUCUAUUGUUCCAUUCAUUGUGCAUAUUCAUAUGGAAGGUACACCCCCACGUUUAACACCAUUCCACCUUGUUAACAAGUCUCCCAGUGUACAUGACAAACUGCGGGGAUAUAUUUGAAGAAUUCACCAACCUACCUCUCCGUUACAAACCUGGGCAUUUCUUUAUCACAGAACACAAUGCUGCCUGACAGCUUCCAUUUCCCUUAAUGUAUUCUCUUUAGUGACAAUUUCACACAAGGUUUAAAAAAACUCAAUGCAGCGCUUCUAGAAGCCAUUAAUAUAGAUUAUUCUGCUGGUAAAUAAGUGGUUACUGAUACCUGCUUGCUAUGUGCUGGUUUCCUUAGAAGCGUUGUGACUUUUUAACAUAGCAUGAUUCUCUCGGUUUUUAAAGGCGUGAAGUAGGGGGAGGUGAUUAUUUAAUCACUUUCGUACACGUUGGUAUGGUUGGCAGCCUGUAACUUUCAGCAUAUGGUUCAGAUCAUAUCGUGCCAGCGACAGACACCUGCUGCUGCCCCUUGCUGCACUAAUUAAUGAGCGCACACGGUCCCUUAUUCUUCUCAUUUGCAGGGCCAGUCUUAGACCUUUUAUUGACCUGUCAGAAAGUGGAGGAAAUUAACCCCUCCCUUCACCAGUGAACUACCUACGCUUCCUUUUUCAUUUAUCACCAUCAUAGAAUGAUAAAAGUAAAAGGAAUGGUAAAUAUUUCUUUACAAAUCAAAAGAAUUUCAGAACAGUCACUGUGACAGAGUAUCAGACAAUGUUACAAAUAACAAGCAUGGUCAAACAAUUUGACAAAAGUAAAAUAAAUAUGUUGAAUUCUCUUCCCAAAGAGGUUGUGUUAUCAGACUCUGACGCUAUUUUAUAACAAGGCUUGGAUUCUUUUUUGCAUAAACAGAAUAUUCAAGGAUACAAUUGAUAUGUAUGUGAACAGGUUGUUGAUGACCAUUAUGUAGUCAAGAAGGAUGUUUUUCCUCUUUUAUGGCAUAAUUGGAAAUAGCUACAAUUACGCAGGUUUUUUGCCUUCAACAGCGUAAAAGAAUGGGGUUCAAGGUUGAACUUGCAACCUUUGCAGAAAAUUUUACUAACACCCAGGAUCUGGUGCCUUCAUACAUUGCAUCCUGACGUUGGUCGUUCGAUUAACUCAGCUAUUGAGUCUAUGUCUGUCAGGCAGGCAUAGGCAUUUCUCCAAAAAUUGCACUAUUUGCAAUAGCCAGGAUGGAGGGGCAGCAUCUGUCCUAGUGUCCUUUUAAAGGACCACUAUAGUGCCAGGAAAACAUACUUGUUAAAUUUUUGUUAAAUCCGGUUGUACGUAGCAUUGCAUCCAGACAGAAGCAAUGUAGAUUUUUGAAGGCGUGAUAUUUUGCUAGAAGGAAAGAUAAAUUUAGAUUUAAUCCACAAAUGUGUAAAACUGUGAAUUGUAAAUCCGUGUUGCUCUAUCUUUAAACCAGAAGAUCUACAUGUUUUAUGCAUCUUGUUUGAUGAAAGAACAUGCUCAGUUGCAAGUGAGCACCAAGAUUCAAAUGAACACUACAAGCGCCAUAACCACUAUAGCCCUCUAUAACAGGAGUGUGCUGGUGCCGUCCCAGUAUAAUUAUUUUAGAUGUUUAAGCCCGGUUUGAUAACUUACCUGGGUCCCAGCGCUUGCCAUCUGCCUCAAACCUUUUUCCUGGAUUCUCCUACAGGACAAUGCAGUAAGCUAUACUGGCCCGACGCAAGGUCAUAUAGGGCCGUGCUCACGGGCUGAGAGGAUUAGAUUAAAGGACCACUAUAGUGCCAGGAAAACAUACUCGUUUUCCUGGAACUAUAGUGCCCUGAGGGUGCCCUCACCCUCAGGGUCCCACUCCCGCCGGGCUCUGGGGAGAGAAAGGGGAUAAAUCCCUUUCCUUUUUUCCAGCUCCAGGCUCCAUCGGCGCUGGGACUCUCCUCCCUCUUCUUCCGUCAUCGGCUGAAUGCGCAUGCGCGGCAAGAGCUGCGCGCGCAUUCAGCCAGUCUCAUAGGAAAGCAUUCUCAAUGCUUUCCUAUGGACGCUGGCAUCUUCUCACUGUGAAAAUCAUAGUAAGAAGCACGGAAGCGCCACUAGCGGCUGUCAAUGAGACAAUUUCUCUGAAACUGCUAUGUUUACAGCAAAAAGGGUUAAACCUAGCUGGACCUGGCACCCAGACCACUUCAUUAAAGGACCACUAUAGUGCCAGGAAAACAUACUCGUUUUCCUGGCACUAUAGUGCCCUGAGGGUGCCCCCACCCUCAGGGUCCCCCUCCCGCCGGGCUGGAUGGAGAAGAAGGGGUUAAACUUACCUCUUUUUCCAGCGCCGAGCUCUCCUCCUCCUCUCCUCCUCCUUUUCGGCUGAAUGCGCAUGCGCGGCAGGAGCCGCACGUGCAUUUAGCCAGUCCAUAGGAAAGCAUUCGCAAUGCUUUCCUAUGGACGCUGGCGUCUUCUCACUGUGAUUUUCACGGUGAGAAACGCGGAAGCCCUCUAGCGGCUGUCAAUGAGACAUCCACUAGAGGCUGGAUUAACCCUAACAUAAACAUAGCAGUUUCUCUGAAACUGCUAUGUUUAUAGAAAAAAGGGUUAACCCUAGAUGGACCAGGCACCCAGACCACCUCAUUAAGCUGAAGUGGUCUGGGUGCCUAUAGGGGUCCUUUAAGCUGAAGUGGUCUGGGUGCCUAUAGUGGUCCUUUAACCGCUCUCAGCUGAGUGUGAUCUUGCCACCUAGCUUCUCCUGCAGGAAAAGACUUGGGCUCCUGGAAGAUUCACGUAAUUCGUCAAAGUGGACUAAAGUUAUUUAAUGUUUUACACACUGUAAUAUGUCCUUACAAUGUACAAGGUUGUUAGCUUAUGAAUUCUUUCAGAGGCACAAUAUAGUCACCAGUAGGCAUGUGCAUGGUGAAAAUAUUCGGCUCGGUUCGGCAUUCCGAAAUUUUUCAAAAUGAUAGCAUUUCAUAUUAUUUCAGGGGUUUUCUAAAAAGUGCUUACGCAUAAGUGCACUUCUGAUAAGAUGCAACUGGAUAUCAGAUAAUAUUGAUGUAAUAGUUAGCAACUCUUUUAGCAUAUAAUGCUGAAUUCAUUACUCUUGCCUUUGGGACAUUUUGAAGUCUUUGUCAGAUAUUUAAUCUCCAUUUGUGAAAUGUUUACACCCAGUUGCACAAUUGAUUUAAGGGUCAGUUGUUUUUUUGAGCAGAAAUCGAGUUGUAUUAUUGAUUCUUAUGACCAAGUCUUUUUCUAUAUAUAGUACCUGCAAUAACAGCUUUAACCAGUUCGUAUCUUUAUAUUUUUUGGAUACAUCCCUAUUGAACCUUCCCACUGCGCAGCCAAACCAGAGGUAGAAUCAGCCCCCACUGCUGCUGCGUUAAGUACAGGACUGAAUGUUCAUAGAGGUCUAAUAGACAAAUAUCUAUUUUUUUUCUGCAGGAGUUACUAAUUGUAUUGAUAGCUAUAGUACAAUAAGUACAUAAAAAAAAAAAUAAAUAAAAAGAAUGGUCUAGCAUUCUCCAAAAAUAACGUAAUGUUAUUUACUGCAUAGCAGGAACUGCAUAAACAGCUGUGCACUAAAUAAAGCAGCAUUGUGUUAUUUUGGAGAGUGCUGAAUCUGUUUUGUUUUGGAAUGAACUACUGGUGUAGCAGUACUGGAUGUCUAUACAGCUCCCCGCUUUUGUAAGUGCUCAUCCAUUCUUUGUUGUAUGUAGUAUAUUGAAGGAACAUUACCAUCACCAUAACAACUUUAUCUCAAUGGGGCUGGAGUAUCUGAGGGCCAUCCUCACUUCAGGGUUAAAACAUUUUCAAACGGUUUAACCCUGAAGUUGAUGCCACAGAGUUCGACUGAUCUGUCUUCUCUCUUCCUUCCUUUGUGCAGUACAGGAGGUGGUCGUAAAUGGCUUAAUUGUGCCCAGACACUUCUGUCCCCAUAACAACUUCAUUGAGUUGAAAUUGUUAUGAGAAGGGGAGUGUACCUUUAAUGUUUAAUGUGUGUACACCAUGGUGUGGUUUAUAUUUUGAAAUAAUAGAUUAGACUUGUCUUUGACUCUGAAUUUAAUAGAUUAGAUAAAUAAAACUGGCGACUGAUAAACACGCAAGUUAAAUUCACAUUAAAGGGACACUAUAAGCAACCAGACCACUUCGGCUAAGUGAAGUGGUCUGGGUGCACUGUUCCUGUUUAGCCCUGCAAUUGUAAUUAUUGCAGUUAUUGAAAAACCACAAUAAUUACAUUGCAGGGUUAACUCCACCUCUAGUAGCUGUCCACCAGACAGCAACUAGAGGCACUACGAGGGCCUUAGGUGACUUUUGGUUGCCUAAUUGACAGUGGACGUCCUCACGCUAUGCAUGAGGACAUCCAGCAUCCGCUGAAACCCCAAAGGAAAGCAAUGGUUCAACGCACUAGAUCCCCAACGUCAAGGGAGGUGGAGCAGAGCCUAUAGUUUCCCUUUAUGAUUGAUAAAAAAUGUGAUUGCUUGGACGUGAUAGAAAUAAAAGUAGCAUAUUUACUGCUAAUUUUCCAUGUCCCAUAUCAGCCAGUCCACCGAUAGAAGCACAAUGUUGAAUAAAACAAACGAUGACCAAGUUCUGGUUUCGUAGUUAGCCUAAACCAUAAUGCUAGAGGUUAAUUCAGUUUUUAGGAAAUAAAAUAAUCUGCCUUGAAAGCUCCGAUAUCAGGCAUCUCAAACUUUGCCCCCUUCCCAAAUAUUGCUGAACUGUAAUCCCCUUAAUUAUAUGUCCAUCUACUGCAUUGAGAGAAUUAUGGGACUUGUAGGUCAUCAAACACUGGAGGGCCAGUUGAGUUCCCUAUGUAUAUUAUCAACCGACAAUCUAGAAGAGAAAAUCUCCACACAGUUGACCACACAGUGCACAGGUAGAGGUCAUAUUGCGUAUUUGCACAGUGUUAAAACCAAUCAGAAUUUAUUUUCUGUGUCCUGAUUGAAGUCUGUAACAUAAACUUUAGUUUAUAGCAAGAGUUGGCAAAGUUUGAUUUUGGCAAACUCCAUAGCCCAUUGCCAUUCUGUAUCAGAACCGUUGACAUCAUGGGAAUUUAAAUGAAAUCAGCCAUAGCUGGGUGGUCACAGACUGAGCAGGCCUGGUGUUGAGUAGGUGGUUAGAAAAAUGAGUCCUCGGAAACCCAAGAAUGACCCAGCAUUUAAUGUGUGUUAUAUUACGUCUGUUUUUUUUUUUUAGUAUGCAAUUACUAGGGCAAUGCUUGAAGUACGUUGUUUCCAAGCGUGAAUGAGAAAAGCUCAUGAGGUUGCCAUAAUCAGAGCUUAAAAAUGGAGUUUAAUGAGAGAACAUCUUUAUUCUAUUAUCAUCAUACAAACUUGAUUACUCAGAUUAAUUCUAGCUGGAGUUUGAAGGUGUUACAUUCACCCUGAAACACUGCAACAAGUUGUUAAUUUAUGUGCGUGUUAGCGAGAUUGCAGUUAAAUCAUUCUGUCACUUGACGCAAGCACUAAGCACGUCCAACAAGCAAUAUCUGACAGUAAACACAUUUACCCUGAUAAAUUAGCAUAGCAUUUUAAUUAUUCGUUUUUCGAUAGCUAGAGACUAGCAUAUCUUCAGCCAAAAUAUUGAGCAUCAGUUAAAGGAAUUUGGGAAUAUAAGCCUGUAUGCCUAACACUAUGGAGCCCCUAAUUCUAAAAUAUAUAUGCCUCCCCCUUCCUGUUUCCAAUAAAAAUUAACAUUGUUUUACUCACGUAUUUCCAGCAUUGAGCAUCCAUCAGUGCUGCUCACCUCUCGCUCUUGUAAUGUAUUUGAGUAGACAUGGCCCCCUCCACAUCCAUGAUGGUCCAAUCCAAUGUUUCUCAUAGAGGAAUACUGAGGACUUGAUGCGCAUGCACGGAAAAUGCUGCUCGCAAUUCCAUGCUUUUCCACAUAGAAAAGCAUUUUAUUCAACGCUUCUCUAUGGACUUCCGCAUCACGUGACCGAGUUUUACAGAUUGGUAGCUGCUAGAGGUGGAUUUAACCCUGCCAUAUAUACACAUUGCAGUUUCAAAAAAAACGGCAAUGUCUUACAAUGAAGUAUUAAAAGUAAAAAUUUAAUCAUUCUGUUACUUGACACAAGCACUGAUCAUGUCCAACAAGCAAUAUCUGACGUGACCAAGUUUUACAAAAUGGUAGCUACUAGAGGUAGAUAAAUCCUUGCCAUAUACACAUUGCAUUUUCUAAAAAACAAUGUCUUACAAUGAAGUGUUAAAAAAAUAGACCCAACCCAUUUCAUUGAGAUUAAGUGACUAUAGUUUCCUUUUAAUGAAUAGCAAAAAAAUUAGUUGGUGUUGUCUUGCUUGGCUCAACCGUCAUUCAAUAUAUAUAUUUACAUUUAUUCUUUUGAUUUUCCUACGUCUUUGUUAGUAUAAUUAUUUUUUUUAAACCACUGCUCAGUGGUGUACUAAGGGGGGGGGGGAGGGGGUGGAGGGGGCGGUCCGCCCCGGGUGCCACCAGGGUGGGGGGUGCCAUGACUAGGGGCACCGGCCCCCCCAUGCUGCAGCGGCCCGAGCGCUCUGUUGAGAACCUCAGGCGGCUGCAGCUUUGCCCGGGCGGUGCGUCCAUGAGGGCGGACCGCACCGCCCGGGCGCAGCAUGGGGAGAGGGGCUGACAGGAGGGAAGCGCUCAGCGCUCCCUCCUGUCACUCCCUCUCUGUAGCGUGGCCGAGCCCUCUAUUGGUCCGCGGGUACAGGGAGCAUCUGUCUCCUGUACCCGGCCGGACUAACAGAAAGUGCACACUCAGUGUGCACUUCCUGUUAGUCCGGCUGGGUACAGGAGACAGAUGCUCCCUGUACCCGCGGACUAUACUGGGCUCGGCCACGCUACAGAGAGGUAGGGGGGCAGGGGAGAAAGAGAAAUUGGGAGGGGGAGGGGAGAAAGAGAAACUGGGGAGAAAGAGAAAUUGGGAGGAGGGGGGAGGAAAUUGGGAGGAGGGGGGGAGGAAAUUGGGAGGGGGGUUCAUCACAUACACACAAUGCAUUGCACACACAUACACAAGCAAUGCAACCUUUACACACAAUGCAUCCCUUACACACAUUCAAUGCAUCCCGUACAUACACAGAAACACACCUUGUAGCCCUUACACAUACAAACACAGAUUCACACAAUGCACUCCUUACACACAUAUCAGGACAUCCCCUACACACUCCACCCCCUGUGAACAAACUCAUUGGUGGAACAUGAAGGUGGACCCUGGGACCCAGACUUUGAGCUGUGUAAAGGACCCCCAAAAAAUGGAGCUGCUUCCCGUUCUCCAAGAACAUUGAUUUUUGUGACCACAGUUACAAACCGCCUCCAGAGAGCCUGUUCUGCACCAGACCAGUGGAGCCAGACUUCAGCUAGAGCCCAUCAUCAUCCUCAUCUGGUUGUAAGUAGGCAAUCUAGUAUAUUAUUCGUGGCACUAAGCUCUAAUUUACCUCACAUUAAAGAAACACUAUAGUCCCCAGAACCACUUCAGCUUAAUGUAAUGGCUCUGGUGUCUAUAGCCUGUCCCUGCAGGCCUUUUAAUGUAAACACGGCGCACUGCAGCACUGGCGUUAGUUAACAUGGCAAAUCAUAUGGGUGGGGCAUUGUGAUGUCACAUGGGGGGGCGGCAAACUUUACUUUUGCCUAGGGCGGCAAAAAUCCUUGCACCGGUCCUGGCUGGAGGGGGCUGUGUGAGCUGUGGCCGCACAGUGCCCCAUGGUAGUUAGGGUGCCGUGCGGCCAGUACAGCUCACACAAGCAAACAGCUGAUAAACUGGCCGCAUGGAGGAAAUGUGUAUGUGUGACUGUCUGCCUGUGACUGUGUGUGACUGUCUGCCUGUAACUGAGUGUGUGACUGUCUGUCUGUAACUGAGUGUGUGACUGUCUGCCUGUAAAUGUGUGUGUGGGGCUGCAGGGAUUUUGUAGAAGGGGGCGGGGGUUUUGUAUUGGGACAGGAGUCUUUAUAAGGGGGGAUAAGCAGGGGAUUUGUGGAAGGGGGUUGCGGGGGUUUUGUAGACGGGCAGUACAGGAUUUGUAGAAGGGGCAGGACAGAGGUUUUGUAGGAGGGGCGGGGCAGGACAAGGGUUUUGUAGGAGGGGCUGACAGCGGUUUUGCAAAGUUUACAAAUUGUAAAAAAAAAGAAAGAAAACCUUUAACAUUUUUUACAGUUUUUUGGGGGGGUGAGGGGGGGUUCCAAGCACAUGCCAAAUGCUCUAGGUACGCCCCUGCCACUGCUGUUUGACUAUACUGAUUAUUCUCUGUAGUUAUUUUAGAUGGAAAUCAUAAUUUCUCUGGAUAUUGUAGGUUAUGCUAGCUUUAGUGUACUUGUAAUAUUAAUUUUAUUAAAGGGACAUUAUAUGCACCCAAACCACUUUAUCUCAUUGAAGUGGUCUUGGUGCAGUAUCCCCGUCCCCUUAACCCUGCAAUGUAAAACAAUGUAAUGCUUUACAUUAAGACGUCAUUCAAAGCAUGAUUUAUGUGGAAAAUAGAUCCCCCCUAGCACUAACGUCAGAGGAGAUGGAGACCGACCUCAGCGCUGGAAAAAGGUAAGUGAAUUAAGGGUUUUUAACCCCCUUCUCAGUUUUAUAUUCCUAACACUAUAGUGCUCCUUUAAUAACAUGAGAUUAAUAUUUUACUUUACUUUCUUUUUUUAAAUCGAAAGCAGCAAAGAAACAGAUCAGAACCUAACAGGCAAUGAAAAGAGUAGUCGGGGGUAAUAAAAGACACCGACAGCAAAGCCACCUCCCCUUUCUCGAUACAAAAAUAUAAGUACAAUGGCAAAGCUUAAUAAACAGACAAUAAGUAACUAGAAAUGGCAGGAACCGUAGAAGUGGCAGAAGUAUUGAAGUCCGUUCAAGAACUUCAUAGGACAAUCCGCUUCUCGAAAUCAGACUGAAAGACGAGAAAACAUUCGAAAGUUAUCUCAAAGUGAACAGUGGAUGCAUAAUAUCCAAAUCUAGAAAUCAACAUUGUCAAAGGAAAAAAAAAAUGUGUCUAAUAUGUACAAUAACAACAAUAAGAAGUAGAGUAAAAUCUAAAGAGAACAAAACAUUACAGGGAGGGAAAAUAUUCGCCUACAGUCAUUAAUAACUCAGAUUAUAUAUGUGCUAAAACGAAAUCUACAAUUUCUGGUGGAUUGUAAAGUUAAGUUAUAACGCUCAGAAAAAAAAAGAAAAGAGGCAUAGAAGAAGGUCUAAAGUUAAAGACACAAAAAUAUCCUCCUUCAUCCAAACCAUCGAACCAAGAUGUCAAACAGGGAAGCACAGAAAGAAAAGAUUGCAGUAGCCGCCGCAACUGGAACUAAGUGAACUCCAAAAGUGAUAUCUACGUCCACAAGGGAGAAGCCAACAUACCCAUGAAGCCAACGUGGAUGUUGUGCAAGAGUAUGGCAGGAACGUUGACUCCUGGCGAAGAGAUCGAGACAGAAGAAGAUGUGAGAGCCUGAGGUCCAGGUAAGUUAAACUCACCUUUGCCAGCUCCCCCUUGACCACUGGACCCCCCCCCCCUCGGCAAUAAUGUCAUUAUUGGGGGUCUUUUCAAAUUAUACAAAGUCCCCAUUCGGUGACAGUGUCACUUUCAGUAAAGAAAGUAAAGCCAAAUGGUAAAAAAAAGCCACCCGUCAUGUUAUAAAAUUACAUUUGUGUCAACCUUUUUUUUUAUCUGAUGCUAAGAUUUUUUCCCCAAAUGAUUAUUAACGGCUAUUCCAUGAUGGGCCCACAUGUAGUGAAAUUCGGCCGCCUGGCGGGGGAAAGAGACUGGAGAAAACCUGGAGGUGCUCUAUCUUGCAGCCCCGCCGGGUUCCUCUCCAUACAUCUGCAUACAUCCUUUUCCUGUCAUUAACCCCUUAAGGACCAAACUUCUGGAAUAAAAGGGAAUCAUGACAUGUCAAACAUGUCAUGUGCCCUUAAGGGGUUAAAGCUCUCCAGAAAAUCUAUUUAUUUUCUGCACGUGUUUCAGCUUAUCUGCUCCUUAUCUGCAUGUUCUCUAGACAUCAUACCUCUUUCUUGAAAGCUCUCCAGAAAAGCUGUCCUUUUCCCUUACAUGUUACAGAAAAUUAGCCUUUACUUGUAAACAUCUUACCUUGUUCUACCAUUUUCUACAGACAAUCAACCCAUUCCUGCGUUGACUUUUGUUUUUUAGGAACUUGGGUUGGCUGAUAUUAUUCACUUAAAGGACCACUAUAGUGCCAGGAAAACAAACUUGCCCCCACCCUCAGGGUCCCCCUCCCGCCGGGCUGAAGGGGGUUAAAUACUCACCUUUCCACAUGCGCGGCAAGAGCAUUUAGCCAGUCCAUAGGAAAGCAUUCUCAAUGCUUUCCUAUGGACGCUGGCGUCUUCUCACUGUGAAAAUCACAGUGAGAAGCGCGGAAGCGCCUCUAGUGGCUGUCAAUUAGACAGCCACUAGAGGCUGGAUUAACCCAUUUGUAAACAUAGAAGUUUCUCUGAAACUGCUAUGUUUACAGCAGGUAGGGUUAAUCCUAGAUGGACCUGGCACCCAGACCACUUCAUUAAGCUGAAGUGGUGUGGGUGCCUAUAGUGGUCCUUUAAAUGAUGGAAGCAGGCAUCCCACAAAUGAAUGUGGGGUUGUUUUUGAGAUCUAAUCUAAAGGGAAACUAUCGGCUAUGAAUACAAAGUUGUAUCCCUAGCACUAUAGUGCCCUACAGUGCUCCCUCACUCAAGCGCCCCCGCCACGCAGCAUAGAAACCCUUCUCACAUUACAUCAUAGUUGAUGUUUCAUGGCCAUCAGUAAGCCAUAGUUGAUUGUUGCAACAUUCAGCUCCAAAGGAACCCAAAUGGGUUAAGAUAAAAUGUAAUCUUGCUUGCUUUUGUGUGUUGCACACAUCUAGUCAUUUAAGAGGAAAUUGCUCAAUUAUUAUUAUUAUAAUGAUAAUAAUGACGAUGAAAAUGAUUAUUACCAUGUUUUACAGGAGCAAUGCUUUUGGCAAAACACACAUAAAACAGCUACAAAAUAACAAAUAAAACAGAUCCCAGUGCAGGAGGUGAUUUCACACUCGAUAAGCUGGAAAUUAAACCUUGCAUAAAUAUCUAGAAUAGUCAGCAGUAAAACAGAGAAUUAAAUUCUUCACCUGCAGGUUACCUUGCACUUAAAGGGAAUGUCAACCCUAUUCUAUUUUCAGGUGACUGUGCAAAUCAAAACCUUCACAAAACAGUGGAUGGAAACAUUGUUUAAUUCACCUAUAGACGUGUUAAUUGAGCCUUUUCUAACAGGCUACAAUGCCCUUUGGCAACAAAGACAUCAGUAAUGCUGAACUUCGCCAUUGGUGGAAUUGAAUUGAAAAAGCAUUUCUGUGUACAUGCAUGCGUCGUUCAUUGAGCAUUGAAGACAUUUUGUUAUGUAUAGACAGUGGAGCUAAUUAUAUUGCAUAGUGCAGGCAUCAGCAACCUUUGGCACUCCAGAUGUCUUGGACUACACCUCCCAUGAUGCUUUACCAGCAUUAUGGGUGUAAGUGCAUUAUGGUGGAUGUAGUCCACAACAUCUGGAGUGCCAGAGGUUGCUUAUCCCUGGCAUAGUGCAUUUAGUUUGAGCCCCAUUGCAGUUGAAUUUAGGGUGAAUUCUGUUUCUGCAAAGCACCAUGUGGAUGUUUAAAGGGACACUACAGACCCCCAAAGCACUUUAGCUUGCUGAAAAGCUUUAUGUGUGAAGAGUGAGUCUUCUUUUUUUUUCAUUUUGCAAAAAGUGCAGAUUUCAAUAGAAAUUUACACUUUUAUAAAUUAACCUGGUUACAACCCCCUGGCUUUCAAGCAGACAACUGUUCCUGUUACUUCCUGGUUGGUUAGCGUUGUGGAGCUAAACUCAAGAUACAGCAAUUGCCCAGAACACCUGCCUUGCAAAAUGAGCUGCAUUAGGAAGUCUGUGAUUGGACAGCCACAAAAAGUCUAGGCGGGGUUAGAAGGGGAGGGUUUGCAAAGGUAGCAGACAAGAGAAUUGAAGCUUUUGCAAGCUGCUUUUAUAUAUACCCCUCUAAUCUCCUGCUCUACUAAUAGCCUGCUAGAGCCUGCAGGAGCAUACUGUGUGAUUUCAAUUUACAGAGCAGGAAAUAAAACGUAUGAAGUAAGUUUGAGAAAUGAUUGAAAAUGAAACCAUUUUUUUUCAUGUGGAUCACAACCAUGGUGGGUGGCUAGGGCUGCAUAAACAGAAGUGAUUAAGCAGAAAAGUUGUUUGAGUGCCGCAGCCUACAGUAUCCCUUCGAACCCUGCAAUGUGAACAUCGCUGUCACUGCAAAACAGCAUUGUUUUCACUUGCUUAAUUAAAACAGGGACAUGGCACACAGACCACUUAAUUUAGCUUCAUUUAGGGUGCCUAUAGCGUCUCUUUAAUAAAAAGAUAUAAUGCAUAAAUAUAGAUUUACAUUUUUAUUACUGCUCCUCCGCUAUUUACCUCUAUUGGUCCCUUUCUUUCACUUCAUCUUUGAGCCAAAAGGCAGGAAAAUGCAAGAUAUAUACAUAAUAUUUAUAUUUAUAUUUGAUAUUCGCUCCCUUUUGGUCCAAAUGAAUCGUUUUCCUAAAUAUGUUUUUGGAACAAUAUUUAGACGAGCUGAACAGUCAACUGAACAAAUGUUGGACGUCCUAAACUAAAUUCAAUUUUCGGGAAAAGUGGUUCAACCGAACCAAGCUUAUCCACGGCGCACACAUGUCUACUUACAUCUCUUAUUAUUAAUAGAUUUACAGCACCAACAUAUUCUGCAUUGCUUUACAUUUAUAGAAUGGAAAUAUGUGACAAGUAGUUCACAUACAGAAUAUAACAGAGGCAAAAGUGAGGCUUCCUCUGCCAUCCCAAGGAGUAUGAGCUGCAGCCCAUCGUUAUUACACACGCUACAUCUAAUCUGCAGUCAAUGGCAGCACAGCCCCCCACGUGCCACUUAUAUCCCUCCCCCUCCCCCCUCCCACCCCCCCUUUAGCUGUGCUCCCUGACAUACAUAAUGGCAGGUGAGUUUUACUUCUUUUGGUGAGGGAGGAGGGGACAGGAUAGGAAUGCUUACUCUAACAACACAGUGUUUUCAUACAGCACUGUUUUUUGGUUGGGUUAACUCUUAAAGGGACACUAUAGGUACCCAAUCCAUUUCAGCUCAUUGAAGUGGUCUUGGUGCAUAUUCCCAAGUCCCUUAACCCAGCAAAGGUAAUUUCAGCAGUGGAGGAGCCUCAUGUGUAAGGCGGACCCAAGCCAGCGCUGAGGUUUUUUUUUUUAAACCGCUUCUGCACCAUUGGGAGGAAGGGGGCACUAUUUUGUUUUCCUGGCACUAUAGUUGCCCUUUAAUCACUAUCCAUAAUUGUAGUGAAUUUGCAAGGCAAUUGCAUAUUUUAUGCCAAAAUAGAGGAGCUUUUCUAAUUCUGCAGUUUUUUCCUAAAAUAUGCAAAUCCCUUGUCAAUCCCAAAUCCCACGUCAAUAAAUAAACCCCAGUGUAGCUCUUCUGAGCACGAAAAUGUAUAAACUUGCACUGCAUUUAAAAUCCUUUGCAAAAUAUAAUUAUUAUUUACUCUACCCUACCUAUUAAUAAAUUGAACUUUUUUUUUUUUUACUGGCAUUUUAUUUUACCUUGAAGUCUGCAUGAGUUUUACAUUAAAAAUCUGUGCACGAAAGUGGUUCUUUUCACAUCUUCCAUUUUCUGGUGGGAGAUUUUCUAUCUGCGUUAAAACCCUUUGAAUGCCUGACUACUUUUAGGAACAUUUUUAAAGGGCCACUCUAAUCAAAAAUAAGAGUUUUCAGAAAACAAUUGUUUUGGUUUGAGUAACCCUUUUGGACAGUCUGUCCCCCCCCAAAACCUAAAAAAAUAAGAUGAAACUUACCGACUUCAAGUUCUUCCUGCAGUCUGAUCCCCUCGGCUAAUGUCACUCCACUUUGCAAGAGGGAAGGACAGGGGUGGGGGCAUGUUCCUUUGGCUGCCUGGUUUCAGCAUUCUGUCCAUGCUGGCUUCAAAUGACAAUUAAUUUUGCACAGAACUGACAUUAGCCAGGCCUGAACUUUGGCUAAUGACGCUACUGGAGGUAGAGUACACCUUCAGCAGCUAUGGGGUUAAUCUCUUAAUGUACAGAGUUUCAAAGCGAAACACAGCACAUGCGGACUUCAGGCACCAUGUCCACUUCAUAUCAAUGAACCCUUCAUAUCAAUAACCCUUUAAAGCUGAUUAUUUACAUAGAGUAUAUUUACUAAACUGGGAAUUGUGCAGGACAAUAUUUCUGCUCUUAAAUAAUCCUACUUGUAACGGAUCGCCUGGCACCCCGACUGGGUACCUCCGUUGAAGGAUGCUCCUAGCGCUUCCUGAGGACUCCAAGCACUCUGGCAGACACCACAAUCACCGAACCGGAGAAACAAAUAAAGUCUUCCAAGCAUAUGAAUGCUGUAGACAGUUCAAUAGGAACCAUACGAAUAGGUUUACUCUCCUAGCAAAGGAUGACACCUUUGGCUCCCUGGGAUACACACUGCUGCUGGGGAGGAAGGACAGCACCUUCUGCUCCCUGAGAUACCCACUGCCGCUGGGGAGGGCACCUUCUGCUUCCUGGGACACACACUGCCGCUGGGGAGGAAGGACAGCACCUUCUGCUCCCUGGGGUACACACUGCCGCUGGGGAGGAAGGACGACACCUUCAGCUCCCUGGGAUACACACUGCUGCUGGGGAGGAAGGACAGCACCUUCUGCUCCCUGGGGUACACACUGCUGCUGGGGAGGAAGGACGACACCUUCAGCUCCCUGGGAUACAUACUGCCGCUGGGGAGGAAGGAUAACACCUUCCGCUCCCUGGGACACACACUGCCGCUGUGGAGGAAGGACGACAUCUUCAGCUCCCUGGGGUACACCUUUGAGUCCCCGUAACGCACUCUGCCACCGGAUAGGGCGGCCGAUACCUUUGGAUGGAUCUGCCAUGAACUGCAGGUACUCUGCUGUUAAUUUCCUCACGAACUGUACGUAUUCCUCAGCGGGGUUGGGUCCAAAGAAAGCCAACUGCAUGGCAACCUCUCUGUCAAACCGCUCCUGAGUGUAGCCAGGCGCCAUGCUUUCUCUGCCGCCGUUGGUUCCUUUGUAGAUAGGGGCGCUGUACGGAUACUAGCAUUGCCCUCACUUUGUAACUCCAAACGAACUGUGUCUCUGAGCUGCUUUACCUCGCACUAGGACACCAUCCCACCGCUUGCCACCAAUGUAACGGAUCGCCUGGCACCCCGACUGGGUUUCAUACAAUGAAUCCUUCCCCCAAUAAUGAGACGACACUUCACUUUGAGGGUUAAAACAGGAGCUCUUGUGCUGGCACACCCAGCCUGGUUUUUAUUACAGCCUUUCACAUACAGGACCGCCCACAGGGAGGUAUAAAACAACCAAUCACAUAUCAGUUACAUCCCACAUAUUCCCUCCCCUUAUCCUGAGAGGAAACUCAAUUAUACAUACAGUUAAAACUUUCUACCCAACUUUCAUAACUUUAAAACCAUACAUCACAUUCACAUAAAAUUACAUAUUCACAAUCAAUCCAUUCAGGGGAACAACAUAUUAAAAAAUGGCAUGAAUCCGACCAGAGGUUCAAAAGUUAGUAAAAGUAUCUUUUGGGCCCUGGCUGGCACAUGGCUAUCAAACAGGUUUUACAGAGCCCUCUAUCCUGGAGACAUUGGGGAAAGUAAUCCAAUUAUCCAGGGAUAGAGGCAGACUCCAUUGAGCACAUGGUUGCAAAAGGACAUAAAACACUUUAAAAUACAUAAAGUCACCUUUUACACAUAACACACAGACAUUUCACAUAUCCCCAGAUAGCUGGGAUCUGAGCGCACAAAACUACCGAAUAGCGCUCAGAUCCUAUUCACACAGUUCAAUUGCCAUAGAGCCGAAGUCUUUAACUACACGAAUGGGCUCCAUGGCAUAGCUAUCUUGGUUAACACAUUCACAUAAAGUCUGCUCCAUAGUCCAAAGGCAAGAGGCGGGCAAGCAGCCCCCUCCAAGGACACGUGGCGAGGCCGGUUUCACCACACUAGUGCUGGGAGAAUUUUUACAUUUAUUUAUGGCGUAGAGUUUGGGCCUCCUUGACAAAUCUCCACAAUGCUAAAUUCCGUACAUAAAACCCACCUAUAUCACUGAUGAAAAUACAACUGAAAAUAAAGAUAUCAAAAGGCAGCUUUAAGUCAGCCUUCAAGGAAUUUACUACCUGCUAAGUCUAUAAAAUCUUCGAGUUUUAUCAGGUGAGUUAGGUUCAAGACCAGUUGCUAAGCAGUUCGGGAAUUGAAAUGCGAGCAGUAAAACAUUAUCAUUGAUGGUUAUAACAUCAAAGGGUCCCUAUUUUGGGCUUAAGUCCAUAUCACUCUCUUUUCUUUUCUAAAGUCUCUAUAGGUCCAAUUUUUGAUUUAGGGGUAUAUAAUUAUUAAGGCUAUUUACCGCACACAAGCAAUGCCAUCUCGCAUCAACAGAAUCGAAGAUGCUGGUUGCUCCCUUUCUUCCUCGAUGUCUAAUGAUGUUGGCUUACAGUAAAGUGAACCAAAUAACAGGUGAGUGAGAUAAAAAAAGUGCUAAAGUGUGCAGGCAAGCCACUGAAAAUUGAAGUUCUCCCUAAAUCUCUCUAAAAGACAAGUGCUAAAGACUGUAUAUAACCCAAGUUAAAAUACAGCACAGGGCGCCACAAUAGAUAUAGUUACCAUAAUGAUGAGAAAAGCAUAAAACUCACACGGAAAAACUCUGGCAGACUACCACUAGAGGUGGACUUAACCCUGCAGACAAGGGCACUUCACCCAGACCACUUUAAUGAUAAGGGGUCUGAGUGCCUAUAGUGUCCCUUUAAUGGAAUACUACGAGCACCAUAACCACGACAGUGCCUUGACACCUUCUCAUCAUAAAUAGUCAAAAAAUUGGAAUGGUUUGACUUUUCUUGGGGUCCGUUGAGCACUACCCACCUUCUCACCUUCAAAUCCAGAGAGCAGGGGCUUCCAUUCACCUUCCUGAGCUCUCAGCCAAUGAGCUAAGCCCUGAACUGCAUGGCUUGUAUAGCUCAGGAUAACUAUCAGAAGUUCUUUCUUGGGAGCUUCUGGACCUUCUGAGAUAGUAGUGAAGGUAGGGAGUGGCGGAGCUGUGUCUGGUGGACCAUAGGUAAAAAGUCAAACCGCUUGCUGUAGUGGUUAUGGUACUUGGAGUGUUCCUUUACAUAAUACUUUAUAAUCAGUAAAUACAUACUUUAAGUGAUUUUUGUUUAUGGAUUACAUUUCAUUGCUGCCUACCUCUGUAUUUGUUGUCCUGAACAUCACAUCCAUUUUCUUUUUUUUUUCUUUUUUUUUUCUUUUUUUUGUCAAUCUUUAUUUUUGCGGUGCUUAGAUAUACAAACAGGCUUGUGUUGCCACAACAGCAGGCACAAGUGAAUGCAAACAUACUGGUGAAACAGUAUCGUGACAUGCAAUAACAGCACAAGUUUUGUCAGGGAAAAUAAAUUCAAGUUUUAUCAUGAGUUAAGCCAUCAUGUCUGCUUCAAGAUAGGGCAUUCCAGGGAACAUAGCAGGUUAAACGCAGUGACCUUUAAAGAGAUUAUGAGAGUACAAUCUUAACUGCAACAUUGCUCAUGUAUAAGGGGUAAAGAUUAGUAAAAUGAGGAACAUGUAUAUUUUUGCAAUCUAAACAGGCAUGGGUAGUCAUGUCAGUGCAGAGUGAUCAUAAAGCAUAGUGUUACACAGGCUAUGCGACCUGACAUCAGGCUAAGAUAUUUUAGUCUACGUUAACUGACUGGAUGCUUAUUACUAGGGAUUAUUGUCUGCCGGGAGUUAAUGUAUUGCUUAGUGGGGCAUGUAUUGGGUACCUCUUAACCAGGGGGAUCUGCCUAUAUUUAGAGACUAGUUUAGCCCACACCUAUUGUAUCAUGCGCUGUGCCCUGGUAGCUAUGGUCCUCUGGGCCUAGACUAGCUGCAAUCCCCCUACUUUUAUGCAACAUACAGUCCAUGGUGCUUGUAGCAGUCGGGCUCUGUGUGGACGUGCAAAAUUUGAUGGGAAAGGCGGUAAGGCAGCCUCCAGGGAUGGUUCUCCUCCAGCCCUGGGCUUUAUUAGGGGCCGGCAUGGACACGGGUGCUCUGGGAGUCCCAGUCCUUCCUGCGACGGGGAGUGUGUGAGGUCCUGACGGUCUUCCUGUUCCGUUUGGCGGUACUCCGCUUGCGUGGAUGGUGUUUCAGGGUCAGGUCCUUGUUGGCCCUCUGCCCAGGAGGGCAUACUGUGGGUGUUGUAGGCAUGUGCUGGUCGAUGGUGCCCAGAGGGUGUUCUCCCUGCUCCGUCCUCCCAUCCUUCCUUGCUGUCUCCGCAGGUAGGGAGGUGGGGAUUGCCAUGCGCUCCUGCAGAAUUUUUCAAAGAUUGCCUCUAACGAGGUCAGUGUGCAGCCACUGUGGUCAGGAGGAUUAGUGUAGUGCUGUGGCAGGUCUCGGGUUUUAGGCCCAUGUGCGUCCGCCAUAUUAGAUUUAGCAGAGUUGCCUCUCAGACUUGUAUAGCGCUCUUUGCCCAGAGGGAUUCCGGGUUGCAGGCCAGCGGGGACCAGGAUGACCCCCACCGGUCCAAAGGGGGGGUGGAGGUAGGAGCAUAGUGGGUCCACUGGAUGUACUAGUUGGCUGGGAAGUCAGCCGCCCUUCUCCCGCCUAGCUGUCUGCAGACCUCAACGUGUUGCCGCAGCUUUCGGUACCAUGAAAUCCUGGAAGAGGUAUCUGACGUUUUGUCACUACUUUCUGGGUUUAUCUAGCAUAGUGUGGCGUCUGUUGCUUUAGUAUUACUGGGGUUUUCCCCAAAAAAUCAGUAUGCUGAGCGGGAGCUAGUACAGCACGCAUCCAAUCAGCUCAGAGAACUAAUUUUUAUCACUUUUGCUGUCUCCUCUCCUAACCCCUGCCUAGUAUGGCGCUAUCUGUGUCUCAUUGCUUUGUGCUCCUCUUAAAGAGCGAUACACAUAAUGUUAUUUACUCACAUUUACUAUAUGCAUGCAGCGUUUGUUCUGUGGAUGCCUGCAGUGACCAAUUUAUGUGAGCUUGUGGAAAUGGCUUGGUUUAGGCUGCAACAUCUAAUUUAUGCACACAUAUUUACGUCAGUAACUAAAUUAAUGUGUAGAUGGUUAUGUGGCUACAAUUUUGUUUAUUGAAGGAUGUAAUUAGGCCCAUCAAAACCUCUUAUUGCCUUCAUCUGAGGAAUAAUUUUAAUUUAAUUUUAACACUGUUAAGGUUGGGGCCAUACUUUUGCAUAUCUACCCCAGGUAAGAAGUCAAACUAUUAAUAAAAUAAGCUAACUGUAUGGGUUAUGGUGCUUGCAGUGUUAUUAUAUAUAUAUAUAUAUAUAUAUAUAUACACACACACACAUACACCUAUUAAUAAGCCAGUCCCCAUUGUGCUGCCAAAACAGCUUUGAUGUGACGAUGCAUGGACUCUGAAUGUGUCGUGUGUAUCUGGCAUCAUGACAUUAACAGCAGAUCCUUUAGGUCCUGCAAGUUGCGAGGUUGGGGCCUCCAUGGAUUGGGUUUGUUGUUUGAGAACAUCCCAUAGAUACUCAACUCGAUCGAGAUCUGGGGAAUUUGGAGGCCAAGGCAACACCUUGAACUCUUUGUCAUGCUUCUCAAACUAUUCCUGAAUAGAGAUGUCGCGAACUGUCCGCCGAACUGUUCGCGAACUCUCCGCUGGCGAACAAUAGCGUGUUCGCGUUGGGCGAACAUAUCCGAUUUCCGGUCCGCCCCCUAUACGUCAUCAUUGAGUAAACUUUGACCCGGAACCUCACAGUCAGCAGACACUUCCUGGUAGGGAGGGUCUGCUGCUGAUUGGGUGGAAUGUGUCUGCUGGCUGUGAGGUUCCGGGUCAAAGUUUACUCAAUGAUGACGUAUAGGGGGCGGACCGGACAUCGGAUAUGUUCGCCCAACGCGAACACGCUAUUGUUCGCCGGCGGACAGUUCGCGAACAGUUCGGCGGACAGUUCGCGACAUAUCUAUUCCUGAAUAUUUUUUGCAGUGUGGCUGGAUGCAUUAUCCUGCUGAAGGAGGUCACUGCCAUCAGAGAACACCAUUGCCAUGAAGGAGUAUAAGUAGCAAUGUGAGCUGUAAUUAGAUCAGACGUGUUAUCCUUUACUCCCCACCUACUUUUGGUAGGUAAUAACCCCUACAUACCAGGAACACACAACAAAACUUGCCGUUUUGGAAAAGCUCUGACCCGGUCAUCUAGCCGUCACUAUUUGACCAUUGUCAAAGUCAUUCAGGUCUUUUUAGCUUGUCCAUUUUUCCUGCAUAGGCUCUGGUUGCUAUGGGUAAAGAACAGAGGGACUUACUGUGGGAGUUCUUUUCUAUUUCCCCUUUUCAGACAAGGCUUCAGGACAUUGAGGCAAUGACUGGCAGCUGGGAAAAAAUUUUUUCUCCUAAUCUAUACAUUUGCCAGCAAAACUGCUAGUACAAUGUAUAGAUAAAAUUGUAUGCUCAAUCAAAUGAGCAUAAGUUAUUUAGGGCAUGAAAGGUGCUCUUUAAGAAAACAUUCAAAGCACCAUAACCAAUACGGCAUACUGUAGUAGUUAUGGUGCUAGGAGUGUCCUGGUGCUAGGAGUUUAACUUGUUUAAGACUUAUGCAAUUUUUAAGAUUAAAUGUAAGGCUGGGCCAUGUAUGUGGUUGUGUCACAUAUGGCGUGUGUUUGGUUAAAAGCAUUGUUCAAAUAGAUAUUUGUAUGUAUUUGGAUAAAUGUAUGGUUUUAUGUCAGUGUGUUGUUGUUGUUGUUUUUUUGGGGGGAGGGUUAUCUGUCGAAGUUUACCAUCAUAUCACCUAUAACUUUGAUGGUUUUAAUGAGCUGGAUUUCCAAUGCAUAAGAUUUUCUUUGAGUUUAAAUGUGACAGAUUCAUUUGGAUUUUCUUGUCUGACACCCAUGUGCCCUGUUUCUUCCCAUUUACACGUCAGAUUUUAGAGAAUUAGUAGCUGUUUUGAAUAAUUCAAGGAUUAUGUGUCAGAAAAAUAUUGGGUGAAAUUUUAACAUGUUUCUUCCUUUGGGAUUGUUGGCGUCAUGCACAUUUUUUAAAGCAAUGGUUUUGCAUGAAUGCAAAACCCAAAUAAUUAAUCAGUCCUCCUUAAAGUUAAAUCCGGAAUUUCCACAAUUUAUGUACUUUGUCUCUUUUUAUUGAUUGUUUAAAUGGAGUGUUUUUCAAAUAUUGUGGAAUAAAUAGUACAGAAUAUUUAUAGUAAUCCUGGUGCACUUAUCAUCUUCAUUUUAAGACAAACCACCAUGGUGGCUUUGCAAAGCUUCCUGUUUCGUUAGCAGUGAACUUUUUCUUUCUUUCAAUUGGUUGUACAGUUCAACCAAUGAAAAUACAGAAAAAAAGAUAAUUGGCCAGAAACCGCACAUGAAAAUAAAGGCCUAAUGUCUUCUCUUGCUAUCUCUUUAUUCUCCUGUGUCUCUAUAAAAUCUAAUCUGUAGACAAUGUACUGCAAUAUCUCUAUAUAUAAUCAUCUCAGUCCGACAAAAAAUGUGCCCACUUUUAUUAAUGCAAAUUGUCACAGUAAAUAAUCAGGACAGCUAAACUGUAUUACAAUUUUUUUUGUACCGCUGAAAAAUCAUCUUGCAAAUCCAAACCUUACAACUUUCUUUUGGUUUUUCUCAACUCAACUCAACAAUCACCAGUUUGAGUUAUAAUAAAAAUAAAAUUAAAAAAAUGGUGCACAAAGUUUUUGAUUCACCGAGAAUAAAUACAGAUAUUAUUUGGACGUGUAUUGGCAUACUGCCUGAACAUUUGGAAUACUUUAGGGUUACUUUAAACCCUUGGAGCGGGGUGCCCAUAGUGUCCAUAGUGCCCAGUAGUUCUAUUGUUUUAAAAUCUGCAAAAUAAAACUUUCUUUUUACUCAUCUGGAAUCCAGCGCCUCACAAAGCCUCCUGACGUCAAUGGGGCCACUAGAGGUCCAAUCACAGGCUUCUGAGAAAUCUGUGAUUGGACCAAUUGGCAGGGGAGGGAGGCGAAGAAAGGAAGUGUGGAGGAGAAGGAAGGGAGGGUUUAAAAAAAAAAAAAACUGCUGGCAAUGGAGGGAGGCCCACAGAGAAGAUUUUAACAUCUAACGACAAAGUGCAUUGUGCACUAAUUUGGGGGGGGGGGAGGUACAAAUAAGCAGUUUUGUUUGUCAUGAUGGACCAUAGGUGGACCUGACAGCAUGGGCCACCCAAUGGACCUCUUGGACGGCGGCCCCGGCGGUUUGCCACGCGGGCCGGGGCCGCAAAUGAUGAUGGCGGGCACCCGAUCGCAGGGGUCUGCAUGGCGGCCGGGUCCCCUGGAGUGAUGGGCCCAGUCACAGCUGCAACCCCUGCGACCAUGGUAUGUAUGCCAGUGCUAUAGGGUCAUGAAUACAUGUUUGUGUUCCUGACCCCAUAGCGUUCCUUUAAAACACAGGGAGGCAAUUUAUAUAAGAGAGGAAGAAAUACUGUGAAUAGUCCCUGGGGUAGGAAACCUUUGGUGCUCCAGAUAUUGUGGACUACAUCUCCCAUAAUGCUCUUUGGGCCAUAAUACUGGUAAAGCAUCAGGGGAAAUGUAGUUCACAUCUGGAGUGUCGAAGGUUGCCUACCCUGGUAGAGAGUGAAAGGCUUAAAUGUGAUAUAAGGAAGAAUGAUUUCACUGAAAUGGGUGGUGGAUGUAUGGAAUCAUCUCCCAGCACAUGUGGUAGAGGUUAUUACAUGAAAGUUCCUCAGUUGGAUGAGAAGGUCAAGGUAUUCUUCUGGUAGCAUCACUACACUGGGUAUUGUGGUGAAUUGACAAAAAAAGGACAAUUUAGGCCCUAAAACUGAUUUGGAGAAUGUUUCCAGUUGGCUGUUUGGCUUCUAAUCUAAAAUUCCUGGUCAAUUCUCAACAAUCCUUAGUUGAGUGAAUAAUCAGGUGUCAGUGCCUCCUUCAACUUGGCUACUAGACUUGGAUACAAGUGGCUGAAUGUGCGGAGGCAUACCUCCAAAUAACAUAGUAUGGUUGAUGCAUGCAGCUUUUCACUCCAGGGCUGGGAGUGUACAGAUUGGUAUUAUAAUUAAAAUAGCUGUAUUAUUUUAUAUUCUUAAUUGUUGUGUGAAUCAUAUGAUAAGUAAUGUAUUUAAGCUUAGGUACAAUCGUAUAAACAAGAUUGGUAUUUUACAAUAUAAUAAAUAAUGAGAACAAUGGAUUGAAUCAUUUGAGGCAUAUGACUGGAACAAUAGCAUAAUCGCGCAACUACAAUUAUUUAUAUGACACCAACAUAUUGCACAGAGCUGCACAAAAGGUAAACAAGACAAACACUUAAAGUUGCACUGUCAUGGCUGCCUCUGUUUUUUUUUAACCCCCCCUCCCGACUCCACUACAUCUAAUAGUCCCCGUAGUCACCCCUAGGUGCCCCAUUUUACUCUUUUUUUUACCUGUUGAUUUCUUGUCUGGACCUAGAUCCUAGGCGCCGCCAUCUUUGUUUGGGCAGAUAAAGGCCCUGUGGGACAUGUCAUCUGCCCACACUAGAUAACCCAGUGAAAUUCUUGCGCAUGCCCAGUUUAGCACUUCGGCAUUCGCUUUUGUCCGAAAUUCCUAAUAUCUCCCUCCCCCGGCCCCCACCCAUGAGCGGCAGGUGGAGGCCCUAAGUGAAAAAUGCCGGGACGUAUUGUGCCCCCAUGUCCUUUUAAUGAAUUGAGUUUGGUCGAGCAAAAGAUUAUUAUUAUUUUUUUAAUUAAUUAGACUUAACUGAAUGUUUCACAAGUCUGUCUGCUGUGCUAUUAUUUGAAAUGAUAAGAACAUAGUAGUGAAGAAGAGUUAAAAUGUACAUUUUAUUUUCUAGAACAUCUCUUGUCUCGUUAGAAUCCCUGAAUGUAAUUAAAGAAUUAUUUUCAUAGUCUUCCUGUUAGACAUAUUGUCAUGUUGUUGGCACAUUAAUAAUUUUUUAAUCCUUUGACUUUAUUCUCUCACUUUCUUUUUUAAAGGUCGGAUGUAGUUGCAAAUGUAGCACUGGGUGUCUGGGGAUUGUCUCUUUCUAUAGCAAUCAACGUAGAGACUGCAACACAUAAAAAUUUGUCUAUACAUCCCUUUUAGUACAAACCGUUAAUUGCCCAUUCCAUGAGACCUUCAGGGUUAUUCUCUAAUCUCUGAAUUGUCAGAAAUUCACCAAAGGACUGUACUUUUUUUGUCCAAUUAAAUUCUUAUUGAGCGAAUCAAUACACAGAGACAUAUGAGCAAUAGUUAGUAAUGUCGACUAUAUACGAAGAACAAAUCAGCGAUGUUCUGAUGUGUAAGAGACGAAAAGUAUUGAGUUGCUUUUCAUCAUUACCAUAAGAAAUAAGAGAAAAUAAAGAGAAUAAUGAACAAAAUGUUACAUAGCAACAAUUAGAGAAUGUUAGCAGAGCAGUCAAUAGAAAUGAGUCCUCUUGAGACUGCCUUUUACUAAAGAGAAGAAAUGAUACAUUGGUAAAUACAUAUAUUAACGAGGCACUGCCUUUAUAUUUAAGUGGUGCAAAUAGACAGUGCUUCUGGGAGGUGGCUCAGCAAUCCUAAAAUGGGGGAAGGGAAAAGGAUUCUUAAACACCAGCUGAAAAGGUAAUCUUAAACAGCUGCUGAUUCUGGCCAAAGGAAUUGCAAAUUUAAGGCCCAAAUACAUGGAACCAUAUGCAACAUUUUACCUUUCUUAUAUUUUGAGUUAAAACUCACACUUCCCUGGUGAAUUCCCUACAACUUGGGUUUAUUGAAUUACCCGGAUAAUCUAAUUAGAGAAUUUGUCAGAUGCUGAAGGACAUUAGGUUAGUGCUUUUGUCUUAACAAGUAUCCACUGUUACCCCAUCGCGCUCAAUUUCAACAUGAUGUCUAUCUGUAAAUCCACAAUGGGUCAGGUUUGUUCCCAGCUGGGCAUCAUGGGAAAUUUAAACCAUAAACAUCUAUAGUGCUAUGAUUGUUUGCCAUUACAUAUUAAUUACACAGUUUAGUGCUAUUGAUCAUACCUACCUGUGUGUUUGUGGUGACUGAGUAAAAAUAUCCUGAAUUGUAUCAAUAGUUAUUACUUUUACACAAUCACAAGGUUGUCUUGACACAGUUUAUUAAAAUGACCUAUGAUUUUACAUAUAUAUAUAUAUAAAUCUAAUUAUGUAUACAGCUCUGCUCGCUCCCAGAAUGCGCAGUGCUUCGUGGCAUGAUGUAAACAAAGAGUUAAGUGCUGGUAGUAGUGGGUUAAAGUGUGUCCUUAGAUAUUGUGUUAUACAGUACAUUUAUUGACCUUGGUGAGUUAUUUAUUUAUUUAUUUUUCCAUUUCGAUUUGAUCCUUUUUUUCGAGAUGUGAUUUUGCAGAUUCUAUCAGAAAACUGUGUCUUGCGUCAACUCGGCAGGAGAUAAGGCUGUGAGUCAGCCUUGUGAUGCUCUCAGCCAGGCCUUGUGUCUGACACUUAUUUUUUGAAGCCGGACCUGUAGGUUUAAAUAACUGUGGCUAUUCCUUGUAACUAUUUCAGUGCCUGCCUUCAGUGACCCUGCGUGCUGCCUUGUAGGUGUUGUGCAUGCAUGGUGAUAGACGUUGUGUUUACAGCAGAUUCGCAUUUUUGGGAUGUCAAUGAGUUCAUCUGCUCUGCCAUAACAACUGGCUCGUGACUGAAACUCUAUACCUCCCAAGUGUCCCUGUAUAGAAAGAACAGCACCUGUUUAGGGCUGCAAAUCCCUGAGUCCUUCUUUGUUGUCCAACUGUCCGUCUUUUCUAGGAGCUCCAUAUUUUUGGUGAAAGUAUACCAGAGCUAAUAGCAAUAAUGCUCCCAGUAAUGUGUCUUUAAACUACAAUAAAUGUGUUUGGAAAUCAGUCUGUGUAAAUAAGAUGAAUUGAUCUUGCUUACCUCCCAACUGUCCUGGUGUAGGCGGGAGAGUCACGAUUUUUAAGUACUGUCCCACUGUCCCAACACCAGGGAAAUGUCCCCAACAUGCAUAGUGUGAGCACAUUAUUAGACACGCUUGCACUAUGUUCAGGGCACUGGGACCCUGCAGAGCAGCAGCGGAACUACUGCCAGUGUAACCGCACCAGGGCCCGCACGCUGAGGGGGCCCUUAGGGUGUCCCAUGCACUUAGGGCCUCCUGAUGCAUUUUGCUAAACACCAGUAUCACCAAUGCUGGGAAGAAGUAAGUGCUGGUGGACACUUCUUCCCAGCUACAAUGAGAGCAUAGAACAGGAGGAAGUAAGAGGAGGAGGUGCGUCCGUGUAGUCACUGUGUGUAUGUGUCAAUGUGUAUCUAUGUGUGUCAGUGUGUAUAUGUGUCAAUGAGUGUAUAUGUAUUAAUGUGUAAGUGUGUAUGUUUGUAUUUGAGUAUGUGUGUAUGUGUAUGUGUGGCAGUAUAUGUGCAUACAUAAAAAAACAGAGAAUAUGAGAACUCUUAGAGCAGACAAAAUCUUAGAGAAACUCAGUAGCUUGCCCUAAGAUAAAUCCCCGCUCGGGUCUCCAAAAGGAUUUUGCUCACUUAUACCACCACAGAAUGAACCUAUUCCAUUGCAUAUCGGACUGAUCCCACCAAAGGGACAGUCCAGAACCGAAAUGGUGACAAGUUCGCUCUGCAUGAGAGAAACAGCAACCACAGAUGAUUGGUUCAACCUUCUUUGGGCCUCAUCAGUGAGGUGUAGCUGAAUUACAUUUUUAACGUGGGGAGAGCCAAGUUACUACUUUGCAACAAAAAACAGAGAAAAUUAGAAUAAGUGCAUACAUUUCAGCAAUCAAACGUCAACACUACAUGCAAACACACCCCUGCAAUCAAACACAAACAACACAUACAAACAAACACACAACAUACAACAGUUACAUACGAUUGGAAAGCUUUUUAUGCACAGACCCCCAGGACGAUAUAUAUGCAAGGGUUUCCCAAAAACAUACCGAAAUCUGUCAUCUCAUAUGAACUAAUAGAUUUUUUGUGUAGCAAAAAGCAAAUUCCAUUUUAAAUUGCAAGUUAUUGAUGGUGUUAGAUUGAGACAACCGAUGCCUUGUAAUUUCAGGUUCAGACUAGUCCCCGUCACACAGUAGAGACUUAGAGCUAGGUCUCCAGGAAUACAAUUUACAGCCAGCAUAUUAAUGCUGCAAACACAUUACAUAGUGUUUACUCUUUGUGGACUACAACGAAAACGGACCACCAGAGAAAUCAAAGGAAGGAAAAUGAGAUACAACAUGUCACACACCUAAUAUAAUGACAGAUCUCACAUCUCACUGGUCCUGAAUAGGUUAAACAGCUGGGUGGCAGGUAGCGCUCUCCGUAUAGAUCUCACUGGUCCUGAAUAGGUUAAACAGCUGGGUGGCAGGUAGCGCUCUCCGUAUAGAUCUCACUGGUCCUGAAUAGGUUAAACAGCUGGGUGGCAGGUAGCGCUCUCCAUAUAGGUCUAUUUAAAGGGACUUUCCAACCACCAUAACCCCCUUCUAUUCUGCCUGAGUUCUCACCAUGAAUGUUUCCUAAGAUAUGAUACAAAUUAUAUUAACAGUUUCUCUCUUUUUGCCCAUGGAGAUAAAACUUAAUUCUGUUGAUUUCUUAAAUUAUACAUUAAAGUCUGUUACUGAUUGCUUGUGCAGUCAUUUAUAAAUAAUUAUUUGGCAUUCAUGUGCUUUUGUAUUUUCACAAAAAAAUACAUUGCUUUAGAUUUUGUAUUCAUUUUUCAUUUCUAGAUUAAUGCUUGACUUAAUUAUUGUGCACCCAUACGGCUUCAAUCGGUUUUGCAGAAGCUUAUAUUUCACAGAGAAAUGCAAAACCAAUAUCUGUGUUUUUCAAAUAACCAGCUGAUCUGAGCUAAAAAAAUAAAUAAAUAUAUAUAGAUGUAUGUUUUUUUUUUUUAGCUCAGAUCAGCUACUUAUUUGAAAAACACAGAUAUUGGUUAUUUGUGUUUCUGUGAGUUUGUGUGUGCAUUUUUCUGAACAUUUCUUCCAAUGCAAGUAAACGAGUGGUUAUCACACUAUAAGGAAACCUACUUUUAAUUGACACUUCUUCAUUGGUUCGGCCACAGUCCCGGGUGCACUGUGUCCUGGUCAACAUCCGACACCUCUGCCAGUAUCUUUGACACUAGAUAUUGUAGCCCCAUCCAUUUUUAAUGACCUCAUGACAUCAUUGCCACAGCUACUCACAUUUUGGGGACCUGACUAUCAAGCAAACGUCCCAGGCCUAUAUACACCUGAGUUUAGCAGCUGUUCAAUGCACGUUCAUGGUCUCAGAGCCCUUAAGCGUGUUACUUAAUCCUUGUUCAUUAAUAUUCUGUUAUUUGACCUGGCAUCGUGAUUAACACUGACAUUUUCCAAUAUUUCCCUGUUUACCCGACCCUGACCACAAUUACCUUGUUCCUGUUUUGUGUAGCAGACCCUUGCAACAUUUGACCAUGAUUACCUUGUUCCUGUUUUGUGUAUCAGUCCCCAGUUAUGUUUAAUCUUGAUAUUCUGCUGUUCCUGUACGCCUGUUCGUGACCUUAAAUUCUAGUUAUUCUGUAUCAGCAGGUAUUAUUUCUCUUGAUUUCAUUAUUCUCCUCCUGGUCUGAAUAAGCCUAUAUUGGUCCUAUUACUUCCCAAUUCAUGUUAUGUGUUAAGUCUGGCCACUCUAAGGUCUGGUAAUACACAUUGCAAUCUCUCCUUACUUUGCCUGUGUUAGCAUCGUUGCCUUUUAUCUUGCUAAGGGUUUUAUCGUAUUGUAACACACAAUAUUCCCAAAGAUUUGAAUUGUAGGGACUUCAAGGUGAGUUUAAAGGGAUUUUCAGACAAAAUGCAUAGACUCGGACGGCAAAUUCAUUCGUGCACAGUUACUUGAUUCCUCGAAUGUCUACAAGGAUUAAACAUAUUUGCGUGGAUUGUGGCUGCUGUACCCAUUGUAGACCAUGGGGGUGGUGAACUACUUGGUUCCAUCUUUGUGCCUUCCCUAUGGUCGUAUACUGUGUAUGUGGCACUUUUCUUCUUCUGCAUCAGUGACUACUUUGGAGCUUCUUUUAUUGAGAUUUUACGUGUGAGAGAUAUAUUCUGGUUUAAGGCAUUAAUCUUCAGAUAUCUAUGGUAUUGUACUGUAAUACACAAACUGUUUGGGUCCUUUUUCUGGAAUUCUCUACUACGGUUAUUUAAACUUACACGAAACUAACCGAGUGACUUUUUAGUUCAAACUGAAUGCACAAUAUUGUGUAUCAUAUAUGUCAUUUAUCAUCUGCAAUAUUUGAUACUUUAAUCCGCAUUACAACUCUACUUAGAGGAUCUAUACAGUGUGUUGUUUAUUUUUUGAGUAUAUUUGGUCUAAUAAAACCAGUUUAUAUUUUUAUUUAAGUAUAUUAUAGUUAAUAUAUAAUUUAAUAUAAGUAUAUUCUUACUAGCACAAACCUUUAUUGUAUUUUUCCUGUCUAGACACCCUUUUUUGAGGUUAGCAGGUUUUUGUAUACCAUAGUUUUUUUUGUAAAUAUAUUUUUAUUGUCUUGUACUUUCACAGUGAGACUCGCAGGUCUCUUCAAGCAUAUUAUAACUAAAGCACAACAUGUGCCAGAACACGUAUGAAAACAAGUAAGUAUUCGGGCUCGCAGGCCCACUUCAAUGAUGGACUCGCAGGUCCCUGUUCAGCAUUACGGUGGUUAGGUAUCUAUUGUUAUUUUCGCGUGUUCCCCCUGGUUUGUUUGUUUGCUGCCUCCCACUUAGUGUCCCGUAGGACACCUAGGUCCUUUCUGUGUGCAGUCUCAUCUCGUUUAGUGAGGGAGGUGAUGGGUUAGUACUGUGUCGGCGAUCCGUAAGUCACCGCAGGCUUCGUAUGGUAUAUGUCUAUUGGACUCAUGAGUCCACUGCCAGGUGGUUAAGAAUGUUAUAGUUUCUUUGGGGUGUGGGCCUGCGGCCCAAGUGAGAUUUGUGGGAAGGAGGGGUAAAGGGGGAGUAUGCGGGCGGGGGGGAGGACAGAGGAGGGAGGGGUGGGAGGCUGCGGGUGGUGCGGGGGUGUAUACCAUAGUUUGACAUGAUUUGAUAUAAUUUCAUGUUGGAUAUAUUCUAGAGUUUUUGAACUCUAUAUAAAGAGCCAAUCUGACACAUAAAGUAGAGCCAUCCGUAAGAAAAUUCCAUUGGUUUCUUCAGUGAUGGCCCCCCUUUUUCAUUUUUUAUCCAUACCACAAACAGAUUUCUUCCUGAAGCUUUAUGGGAUUCUCAAUUCUUGGAAGUAAUCGGUUGCUUUUAUAUAUAUAUAUAUAUAUAUAUAUAUAUAUAAUACACAAGAUCCAGCGCACUCACCUAUCCACUAAACAGCAACUUCAAUGUUGAAAGAUUUUUAUUUUUUAUUUUUUUUAAAACACCUAAUCUAGGCAAAAAUAAUGGGGGUUUAGUUACAUUAUAUGAUCAUACAUUGCAUAAGCCUGCCACAACGUCAAUGUACCCCAUCUUUGGCAGGUCCUACACUAACAGCCUAAUGUCUGCUCUUAUGAGAUUAACCUAUUUGGGGAAAGAAAUUCCAUCUGGGGCUCUCUGCAGUACAAGGCUAAAUAGGGCCCUGGGAUGAGGCACCUGUGACAGGGAGGGGUGCAAAACCAAGGAGCUGGCUAGACUGCCAUAUAUAUAUAUAAAACAAGAGGGGGUUGGCUGCACUCACCUUAACAUGCAUAAAUGGGGGUGCUGCUGGGGGCCAAAUAAUACAAUACACAAGAUCCAGCGCACUCACCUAUCCACUAAGUGGAUUGUAUUAUUUGGCCCCCAGCAGCACCCCCAUUUAUGCAUGUUAAGGUGAGUGCAGCCAACCCCCUCUUGUUUUAUAUAUAUAUAUAUAUAUAUAUAUAUAUUUUUUUUGUCAAUCUUUGUUUUAUUGAGACAGAAUGAUAAACACAUGCAUUGUACAUAGCGUAAGUUGAGAUAUAACAGAAUUGUGCAAUCAGGGCAAGAUAAAAAAAUUCAAAUGUAAAAUGCCUCAUUGAAAAAAAAAAUGUCUUUGUGUGUGUCUGUGUGGAUGUGUGGAAUGUUUGGUAAUGUGUAGUCGUGUUGUAUGUGGGUACCGCUGGGGUGAGUGGUGUACUAUGUCAAUUGUUACUACGGUCCCGAAAGGUACCGGACCCUUUAUGGUUGUUGCUUUUAUAUUUUUUAAGCAUGCAUAGAUCUUACCUGAUAUUCCCCGAUCUACAAAUAUACAGCAGUCAAUUGAAAAUAUUAUAUCUUUAUUGAUUGCUUGCUUUGAAAUACAGAAUGCACAGUAACAGGCAUGAAGCUCUUACGCGUUUUGUGCUGUUAAUGAUGUGCUCAGCGUGAAACGCGUAAGAGAUUCAUGCCCUCUAUUGUCUUUUUCUUAUUGUGCUUAUUUGCAGAUCGCUAAUAGUAACUAUUCUAUUCUCAUGCAAUUACCAGGAAUUCUAAGUGCCUUUAAAAUUUUAGCCAACAUUCCAGAAUUGGAAGAGAAACAAAAAUCAAAUAAGCAGCGUUUUCAGUUUUACUACUCUGGCCGAAAAUCUGAAAUUCACUCUGAGUUCCUAACAAUGCACACUUUAAUAUAUUGACUGGUUAGAGCAGUCAAUAGAACUCGCAAACCAAGGUUCGAAUCCCUGUCAGGCCAUCUUACCAGUAAGUGUCCCCAGAAAGACACCUAACAAUAUAUACAUAACCGCCUACCUCAAAUCCUCUGUGGUUGUAAGCUCCUCGAGCAAGGCCCUUUUCAACUCUACCAUUUUCUAUAACUGUAAAGCGCUGCGGAAUAUGUUGGCGCUAUUCUAAAUGCUAAUAGUAAUAAAAACAAAUGUUCCUAUUUGACAUAUUAAUAGCUACCAAUAAACUCCUCAGCCUAUUACUAGUGGCUUAAUUUUGUAAAAGUCCCUAAAAAUUAAUCUUUUUACUUUUAAGAAUCCAUCCAUUAAAGGACCACUAUAGGCACCCAGACCACUUCAGCUCAAUGAAGUGGUCUGGGUGCCAGGUCCCUCUAGGAUUAAAGGACCACUAUAGUGCCAGAAAAACAUACUCGUUUUCCUGGCACUAUAGUGCCCUGAGGUUGCCCCCACCCUCAGGGACCCCCUCCCGCCGGGCUGGAUGGAGAGGAAGGGGUUAAACUUACCUCUUUCUCCAGCGCCGGGCGGGGAGCUCUCCUCCUCCUCUCCUCCCUCUUCUCCUCCUCUUCGGCUGAAUGCGCAUGCACGGCAGGAGCUGCGCACGCAUUCAGCCAGUCUAUAGGAAAGCAUUCACAAUGCUUUCCUAUGGACGCUGGCGUCUUCUCACUUUGAAAAUCACAGUGAGAAGCACGCAAGCGCCUCUAGCGGCUGUCAAGAGACAGCCACUAGAGGCUGGAUUAACCCUAACAACAGGGUUAACCCUAGCUGGACCUGGCACCCAGACCACCUCAUUAAGCUGAAGUGGUCUGGGUGCCUAUAGUGGUCCUUUAAACCUGCCUGCUGUAAACAUAGCAGUUUCAGAGAAACUGCUAUGUUUACAUAUGGGUUAAUCCAGCCCCUAGUGGCUGUCUCAUUGACAGCCGCUAGAGGCGCUUCCAUGCUUCUCACUGUGAUUUUCUCAGUAAGAAGACACCAGCGUCCAUAGGAAAGCAUUGAGAAUGCUUUCCUAUGGACUGGCUGAAUGCGUGCGCGGCUCUUGCCGCGCAUGUGCAUUCAGCCGAUAACGACCGAAGGAGGAGGAGAGUCCCCAGCGCCGAGGGACAGUGAGAAGCGCAGAAGCUCUUCUAGUGGCUUUAAAUGAGACAGCCACUAAAGGCUGGAUUAACCCUAUUGUAAACAUAGCAGUUUCUCUGAAACUGCUAUGUUUACAGCAGGCAGGGUUAAAGGACCACUAUAGGCACCCAGACCACUUCAGCUUAAUGAGGUGGUCUGGGUGCCAGGUCCAGCUAGGGUUAACCCUGUUGUUAGGGUUAAUCCAGCCUCUAGUGGCUGUAGAUAACUGGCACCCAGGCCACUUCAUUGAGCUGAAUUGACUGGGUGCCUAUAGUGGUCCUUAAAAUAGGGCUGAUACAAUUCCAUCUAAUUGUUGUGUUUAGUUCAAUUUACACCACACUUUUGUUUUUAAAUUGGCGUUUUGCUAUCUUUGUAUAUGUUUGUGCUAAAAAUUGCGAGCAAUGUAUAACAAUAUGUAUGUACAUAGGAUUGCUGUAAUAAAAUUGUGUAUCCAGUUAUCAGUAAGUAGACUUUAAAAUACUAUAUUUACAUUGUAUUAAAAUUCGUUACUAGUGGAUCAAAUAGGGAAUCCCAGAACAAAAGUAUGCUUAUUAUCUCAUCCACUUUGCAGAUAAACAGCAAUAUAAGGAUAAAUAUUUUAUUCAUGUAUCGCAUCUUAUUUAGUUACAAAAUGAUCUGAUCUGUAGAAAAUUGCAGUCAGGCGUCUUUUAUUAUACCCCUAUAGAGCUCCCAGGGAGAGUUAUCUGUCAUGUUUAAAACAUGGUGCACUUGUAUGAAUAGCGGUGGAUUGACUCACCUGCCGGUUUAGGUAGGGUUGAUCUAGGAGAAUUGCUGUAAGUACGUAUUUAUUUAUUCAUGGCAUUAGCUGUAAUUCCCUUCAUUGUCAGUACCACUGGCUUCUAGAUACCUUAUGCACAUCAAAUGAAACUACGCUGAUUGCUCGUCUCAAUUGCUGAACUAUUACCAUAUCUUCCAUUAAUCUUCGCUCUGCACUCCCAAUGAUCACAGCAAAUUAUCCCUCUUUAUAAUUCACACUGACAGCCUUUUAUUCUUUGUAAUGCAUUGUGUUCCCCAUUUCCUGGACUCUAUCGCUGCACAAUGUCUUCGUUACAAACUAGACUCAUUUUAAGGCUGGCGUGUGAGAUAAAUUUCGAGUGAAAAGAUAUAUUGGGUAUAAAUAUUCUAUAUGUUUUAUUCCACAAUCACUCUGCGGCUUCACGAGUCAAUUUAUUUUCAGAUGAACCAUUUCUGCCGGCAAAGAAUAUCUCCACUGCUCUUUAAUAAAGCCUUCUUUUUCUGAAACAUAUUUAAAGUAAUGAGUUUGUAAUUAACCUCACUGGCUUUAGCAGCCGUUCCAUAAAGAUGCAAACGUUUUUGUUUUCAUUAUUUUACUCAGAGUCAAGCGUAAAAAUGCAAUAAUUACGAUAUGACGUAUAUUAAAAAAACUAAGUUAACAAAAUAUGAUCGGAGUAUGAACGCAGCGCUUAAUGAGGUAGCAUAUGGGAGUGUGGAACCUCAAUGACCUCUCUAAAAACGCAGCAAGAAUGGGCAUGUAAGUAUGAGACGCUAUUUUGGUAGGAAAGUAGAUGAAAAGGGAUCAUCAAAUUUUAAAGUUUUAUAGUUUGAAGGAAAAAGCCCUGGCUUCGGACCUCAAAGAUGGUCAAAAGAGUCGGGCCAUCAAUGAGUAACACACAAGAGAACAAAUGAGGGAAAAAAUGGAAAGGUUGGAAAGUAAGAGAUAAAAUUUUUUAAAAAUGUACAAUUAAAUAAUAAUAAAUACCUAAUUAAAAAACCAAGGAACAUUGAUAGAACAGUCUAAGGCUGGCGUGGGUGGUGGCUAUAAUGUCCCUCAAUUUAUCAGUAAGAUUUUCCAUGAAUAUAAUAUAUUGUACUUUCUUAGUAACUGAUUUAAAUUGGGCAUCUGAUAGUUCCACUUCUUAGCGAUACAUAUUUGGACAGUGUUGCAGGUUCUAUGGAUUAAUUUUAGCUCAAUCUUGGAAAGCUUGCAGUUUAAAGGUCUAACCUUCAAAAGUGCCACCUUCGGGUCUGGGUCAAGCUUUAUAUUAAAGAUAUUUUAUUUAUUAGUAAUUUGAAAACAGCACACCAAAAUGUUUGUGCCUAGUUACCAUGAAUGUUAAUAUGAUCCCACCACCCAGGGCCAGCAGGGCCGCUAUCCGGGGGUGACAACCAUGACGGGGGGCCUGGCCUCCUGGGCCCCACGUGUAGUGGCGGAACUGCUGCCAGUGCAGUUGCACCGGGGCCCGCAUGCUGAUGCGGCCUAUCAGGUGGCCCAUGCACUUAGGGCCACCCGAUGGGCCCUAUAUCUUCAGGGGCCCGAUCAGCGCUUUGGCCGUGUAAUUGUGCGACCGGGCGUCUUUUAAAAAAAAAAUGCAGCUGCGAUGCAAGUGCUGCUGGGAGAAAGUGGUUACUUCCUCCUAGCUCACUUCGCGCGGGAGGAGAGCCAGCGUGGACUUGAAGAGGGAGAGCCGCGCCGACUCCCAUCAGCCCGCACCGACUCCCAUCAGCCCCAAAGAAAAGGUAAGAAACAGGAGGGUGGCUGAAAAAUUAGCUCUGUGUGUGUAUGUCUGUAUGCAUGUAUGUCUGUCAGUAUGUAUGUAUAUAUGUAUGUAUGCCAGUAUCAAUGUAUGUCAGUAUGGAUGUAUGUACAGUAUGUGUGUAUGGAUGUCAGUGUAUGUAUGUCUGUAUGUCAGUAUGAAUGUAUGUCAGUAUGAAUGUAUGUUUGUAUGAAUGUAUGUCAGUAUGAAUGUAUGUAUGUAUGGAUGUCAGUGUCUGUAUGCAUGUAUGUCAGUAUGUAUGCGUGUAUGUAUUAUAUAUUUUCUACCUGUUCUCUGUUAAGUUUUGUAUAUAUUGUGUAUUAAUAUUGGUUUUUGUAUUUUAUUGUACCCUAAUGUAUCAAUGCCAGUAUCAAUGUAUGUCAGUAUCAAUGUAUGUAAGUAUGUGUGUAUGGAUGUCAGUGUAUGUAUGCAUGUAUGUAUGCCUGUCUGUAUGUCUGUAUGUAUGUAUAUAUGUAUGUAUAUAUGCCAAUAUGAAUGUAUGUCUCUGUGUAUGUAUGUCCGUGUCUAUAUGUAUGUCAGUAUGUAUGUAUGUGUCUGUAUGUCCUUAUGCAUGUGUGUCUGUAUGAAUAUGUCUGUCUGUCACUAUGUAUGCCUGUGUGUUUGUAUAUGUAUGUAUCUCUCAGUAUGUGUGUGUCAGUAUGUAUGCCUAUAUGCAUGUAUGUCUGUUUCAGUAUGUGUGUCUGUUAGUAUGUAUCUGUGUGUGUGUGUAUCUGUUUCCUUUUGUAUCAGUGUGUGUAUUUGUGUCUGUGUGUGUAUUCCUGUGGGUGGGAUUUGGAGGUGGUCCCUGUGGGCGGGCUUGGAGGCGGGCCCCUGGGGGCCCAGACCCUGAGCUGAGUUAGUGGCCCCAAAACUUCUGGUGGCGGUGCAAGGAUUUUUAGCUACACAGGCGAAGAUGCAUUAUAUACCUACAUACAUACAUACAGAGCCAUACAUACAUACAUAUAGAGACAUACAGGCAUACAGAGCCGUACAGGCUUACAUACGUAAGGCUUACAGAGACAUACAGGCAUACAGAGCCGUACAGGCUUACAUACGUAAUGCUUACAGAGACAUAUAAGCUUACAGAGACAUACAUGCAUACAAACACAUACAUACAGGCAUACAUAGAAAAAAAAGAUAAAAAGGUUAGCGCUAAUAAUAAAUAUGUGAAAAAAUAAAUAAAUAUGUACAUAGACAUACAUACAGAGACAAACAGGCAUACAGAAACAUCCAUACAGACACAAACAUACAUACAUACAGGCAUACAGAGACAUACAUACAGAGACAUACAGGCAUACAGAAACAUACAUACAAAGACAUACAGGCAAACAGACACAAACAUACAUGCAUACAGAAACAUACAUACGUACAGAGACAUACAUACAUACAUACAGAGACAAACAGUGAGGGAAAAAAGUAUUUGAUCACCUGCUCAUUUUGAACAUUUGUCCACUGACAAAGAAAUGAUCAGUCUAUAAUUUUAAUGGUAGGUUUAUUAUAACGGUGAGAGAGAGAAUAACAAAAAAAAUCUAGAAAAACGCAGUUAUAAAUUAAUUUGCAUGUCAAUGAGUGAAAUAAGUAUUUGAUCCUCUGUCAAUCAGCAAGAUGUCUGUCUCCCAGAUGUCUUUUAUACAGGUAAAGAGCUGACAUUAGGAGCACUCUCUUAAAGGGAGUGCUCCUAAUCAGUGGUGUAUCCUGGUUUUGUGCUGCCUUAGGCAGGACAAAACUCAGACAUCCCCCUCCCCCUGUGCCACCCCCACCCAACCCUUCCCCCUGCCCCACCUUCUAAAUACACACACACACACACACACACACAGUCAGACACAAAUACACACACACAGUCAGACACAAACACACACACACAGGUAAGACACACAGUCUACACACACACACACACAGUCAGACACACAGUCACACACACACACAGUCGGACACAAAACACACACACACAGUCAGACACGAAACACACAGUCAGGCACACACACAGACACAAACACACGGUCAGACACAAGCACACACACACACACAGUCAGACACAGAAACACACACACAGUCAGACACACACACACACACAGCACACACACACAGUCAGACACACACACACACACAGUCACACACAAACACACACACACAGUCACACACACAGUCAGACACAAACACACACGUCAGGACGCACACACACACAGUCACACAAACACACACACAGUCAGACACAAACACACAUACACAGUCACACACACACACAAAAGACACACACACAGUCAGACACACACACACACACACACACACACAUACACACAAUCCUCCAUUAACAGUUUUUUACUUUAGCCCCCAGCCUCCUUACCUUUGGGAAUGCUGGGCGGGUGGGUUCCCUCUCUUCCUGGGGUCCAGUGGCUGCUGGGCGGACGGGAUUCCUCCGAGCUGACUGCUCAGUUCCCUUGCACGCCGCAGAGUGAGGCUGGGAGCCGGAAUAUGACAUCAUAUUCCGGCUCCCAUCCUCACUCUGCGGCGCACGAGGGAGCUGAGCAGACCGCUGAGAGGAAGAGCUCCCUCGCCAGCCGCCCGCCCGACCAUCAGCCAGCGCCGCCCAGCACCCAGCAUAUCUGUUAGCCGCAAGGCUAACUAGGCAUUUGCCCUGGGCAUUUUACGCCGCGAAGGACUGACAUCCUGCAGGGCCCGCAAGGUCCCCACGAUCAAGUAUGCACAUGUAUAGGCUCGUCUGAAGUUUGCCAAUGAAAAUCUGAAUGAUUCAGGGGAGAACUGGGUGAAAGUGUUGUGGUCAGAUGAGACCAAAAUCCAGCUCUUUGGCAUCAACUCAACUCGCCGUGUUUGGAGGAGGAGAAAUGCUGCCCAUGACCCCAAGAACACCAUACCCACCGUCGAACAUGGAGGUGGAAAUAUUAUGCUUUGGGGGUGUUUUUCUGCUAAGAGGACAGGACAAUUGCACCGCAUCAAAGGGACGAUGGACAGGGCCAUGUACCAUCAAAUCUUGGGUGAGAACCUCCUUCCUUCAGCCAGGGCAUUUAAAAUGGGUCGUGGAUGGGUAUUCCAGCAUGACAAUGACCUAAAACACACAGCCAAGGCAACAAAGGAGUAGCUCAAAAAGAAGCACAUUAAGAUCCUCGAGUGGCCUAGCCAGUCUCCAGACCUUAAUCCCAUAGAAAAUCUGUGGAGGGAGCUGAAGGUUUGAGUUGCCAAACGUCAGCUUCGAAACUUUAAUGACUUGGAGAGGAUCUGCAAAGAGGAGUAGGACAAAAUCCCUCCUGAGAUGUGUGCAAACCUGGUGGCCAACUACAAGAAACGUCUAACCUCUGUGAUUGCCAACAAGGGUUUUGUCACUAAGUACCAAGUCGAAGGCGUGAAAUACUUAUUUCACUAAUUGAUAUGCAAAUCAAUGGAUAACUUUUUUGACAUACGUUUUUUCAGAUUUCUUUUGUUUCAAAAAGAUCUUACCCUGAUAUUCUGCUUCUCCGCUUCCUGCCUCAUCCUUCUCUUCCAGCACUCCCCUUACUCUCUGCGCUCUCUUACCCUCUGGACUGAAGGAAUAAUGAUGACAUGGAACUAAAAUUAAAAUCAGGAGUAUUUCUCGAGCUAAUUCUCUUUUUGAGCCUGGGUCAGCAUCCCUGCAUAGAGAUAUAAGGCAGAUUUUUGCAUCAGACCAAUAUGUACUUUGGGAACAAAUUAAACCUUAGAAAGCAAAUUAGACCUCAAACAAGACUAAUUGUCAUUUUGCAGCUCCAUCACACUACUACAGCAUUCCACGUACAGAUGGCGGCAAUAGGUAAUAACACUCAUAUAUCCAUGUCAUUUUUUAAAAUUGUUCUUUUAUAUUCUUUUAUUAUAUCGUUGUACUUCACUCUAUUGCUUUGCCUUCCCUUGUGUCUCAUUUUCCGAUAUAUACCAAGUCGAACGCCUACCUGAAGAUUUGAAGUUCUACCUAUAUAAACAGCCAGGGAUAAUUCUGUCAGUGCAAUUAUUUUGUGCUCCACAUAGCUCUGCACUACGCGAGUGUUUUUGAAGCACUUAUUACCACUUCUAUGGCUCAGUUACAUGUUUCACUGUGAUUCAUUUCUGCUUUGUGUUUUAUAUGUGUAUCAUCUACCAACUAGUCAACAUUCAAGAACACUCAUGGUCUAUUGCGUGCCUGUAUACACUGGCCAAUUUGUGGUGGAUUGUUUAUCUCAGAAACGGUUUAUUCCCUUGGAUUUUCACAUACAAGAAUCUUUGAUGUUUACAGAAGAUGGUGGUAAAAAAACAAACAAAGAAACUUGCAAUGAGUGGCAAUUCUGUUGGCGAAAACUCAAGGUGUCCAUAACGGAAAUUACCAUGUGUUUCAUCUUGGUUAUGGAGAAAAGCAUCUCAGAAUGAACAUCACAUCUAACAUUGAAGUGUCUGGGCUUCAGCAACAGUAGUCGGAGACAACACUGGGUUCCACUCCAGGAAGUUAAGAACAAGAAACUGAGGCUGCACCGCUCACAUGCGCAUCAUAACUGCACAGUGGAAGAAUGGAAAAUGAUAAACUGAUGGAAUUUAGCAUGGAUAACAAAAACCUGUGGAUAAAUACUGAUUUGUGUUAAUGGUACAGGCUAGUUCUGAUGUGAUAGGGGAACAUUUUCUUGUACAGAAACUCAGCAAUGUUUAAACGCCAGAAAAUACCUAAACUUGUGCACUAUUUUACGGCCAAGGUCUACCCAUCUUCUAAUGGCUAUUUCCAGAUGAUAACACACCGCAUUUCAAUUUGGUUCCAUCACCAGGAGCAUGAGUUCAGUAUUUUCCACUGGCCUCCAGUCACCAGGUCUCAAAGUAAAAGAGCACUUUUGAGAUGUGAUAGAAUGGGAGAUUUCGAAGCAUGGAUUUGCAGCCUACAAAUCUACAACUGCAUGAUGUUUAAUCAAACAUACAAAAUGCGCUCAAAUGUCCACUACUCCUGGGCAGCAGCAAAAACCAUAGCACACAUCAGCCCCAAUACAUACAAUAAAAAAGGUUACCUACACACUAUCCCAAAUCCCUAUCUAAAUUAAGUAGCUGGAGGAUUUUACUAUCACUCCAAAGGCCAUUUAAGUGUAAGCUCCCCUGUCACGUCACGGUAAACCUCUUAGGUGAGUCCUACGCCAACAAUUCACCUUGCCGUUUACAGCUUCGAGUAAAAUAUAAUCUCUAAUGAGACAGAGAGGGGUAUUCUUCUAAACCCCUACAUACUUAUUAACUCUUAAUAGGGAACAUGGCGGUGCGUGCUGUCACCAUGCCAUCUUGGGCAAUAAUCUAUAAGGAAUGUAUCUAGCAGCCUUUUCAAUCAAUGGCGUAAAAAUCCAAUGUGCACCUAAUAAAGUGGGCAUUGAUAUCUUGAUAUCGUUUAUCAUGGUGGUCUUUCUGUUAAUGCAGCUACUGCCAUUCUUUAUUAUGGAAAAAAGUAGCAGCGUUAAACCUGCUCGCGAUGUGUAAUACAGAAAGUUAUUUCUGCUCAUUCAAGAACUCUUUUGCAGCAAUCUGCAUAUUGACGUCCCUGUUAAACUGGCUGCAAGACCGCUUAUCAAUGCGUCAUGUGGGCAUAUUAUUUUUCCUGCAUCUCCUGCCACACAUCAUGUGGUAAAAUACAUGCUCCCCCCACAAACAUGCCAUUCCGAAACCCCCCUUAAUAAAGAAGCUUGGCCGAAGAUUUAAUCAUAUGAAAAAAUAAUAAACUCAAAAUGUAUAUUUUGCAUCAAGCACAACUAUAUUAUGGGGAAAUAUAAUAAAAAAAUAACCAAAUUACUGAGCAGAAAGUGUAUUCUAUUACAUUUAUACAAUAUGAGGUGAGAAUGUGUUACGGGAGCAUCAUUACAGACCAACAGAGUUUCUUCCCAAGGCUCUUCUAAACUGAAAAACUAAAUAUCCUCGCUCCAUGAGAAGGAAUUGACAGGAGAUUUGUAAGCUCAGUUACAUAAGGAAGAUUAGUCAUAUUCUACAGCCAUAAACCUAGGAUUGCAUGCAUGCUACCAUGGAUAGGGAAGAAAAAAAAAAGUAAAAUAAUACCAGAAGAUUCAUUUUUAUAAGAAUGUCAAAGUUAACUUCAGCCUAAGGCGCAAUGAUGACUACCUACCAGCAUAUUUUAAACGCUUAAAAAUGCUUUGUCUGCUUGAACGGAAACUCGAUUUGAUCCUGUCUUCCCCUGUGCUUCGGUGGAGAUAUUGUGUUGUCAUGCGCCCAUUAAAUUACUGUCAAAACAGUAGGUCCAGUAACAGUAUCUGCAUGUCGCCCACAUAGCAUGGCGAUAGUUUACAAGACAAACCUGCCUAAUACGUAUGGGAACUUUUGUCUUAUAAGGAUUCUGAACAGAAAAACGUGAGUGUUCUGUUUAACCCCCUUAAGAAAAUGUGACGGAAAUUUUCCGUCAUGCUGGUCUUUUACUUCUGAAGCUAUGUUAAUGCUUUUCUAAUGCGAUCUAUAUAUUGUGAUAGGUGAUAGGGUGUUAAAUUCUGCACACUUACCUUAGGUGGAGAGUUACAUGAGGCUUCUUCUGUUGAAAGUAAGAAGAGAGUUCCGCUCUCCUAAACUAGACCCUGCCAUGUAGGACCUUUGUGUAAUUUGCAACAUACACUUUUUGUGGACACCUAGUUAAAGAUAUGCUCAUCCAACUUUCCUAUUCAAGCAGUAUUUUCGUUACCCUUUCUGAGCUACAGCUUGAAGGCCAUUGUUCAUCUUUGCCAAUGCAGUAUGUCCAUAGAUGGUAUUGUUGGACAUUUCGAUUACAUCAUUUUGCAUUCUUAGUGAAGGAUGCACCUGCAUCUGAAUCACCAACUAUUUGACUUCUUCGGAUUAUGCCUUCGGAGUUAUUCAAUAAAGCAUGAAUUGCCAGGAAUUCAAAGUGAAUUGCAAGUGUUGUGCCAAAAUAGUCGGACAGGAAAUGCAUAUAAUAUACGUGUAAGAACAAAAGCUACUUUGAUAUUUUAGAUUAAAACUGCUGUUGGAACAAAUCUGUUUUAAAUCACUGCAUAUCUUUACAGGCCUUGCAGGGUUAAUACCGUAUGGCCAUUUUUAUUUUUAUAGGGAGAUCCUUCAAUGCAGAAAUAUCAGUGUUUUAUUUCUGGAUCCCGUCAGGCCCUAGCUAUGUGUUUACAAGGAGCUUGGGUUUUUCUUAUUGCCGAGCUGAGUGAUCCGUUAGGAAUAUCACUGUACAAACAGCGUGUCUCUCACAUCUCGCCAGGUUCCAGCUGCAGCAAAUUAAAGGGAAAGCGAGAGGAGCCUGUCUAUGUUAAGAAAUCUCCAGGGAAUGGGGAGAUUAUUCCUUAAUCAUGUCACCAAAAAAAAAAAAAAACGCGCUCUUUCAUGCUUCGAGCGAGGCAUGAAGAAAAUAUAAUUAGCAUAGUCAUUAAUUAUUUCUGGAAUGAGUUUUAUAAAGUCAAGAAACUGGACCUUGUUCUUUCAAUCUACCAAGAAGCGAUGAUUUUAUAGACUUCCACGUUAGUAUUUCAGGAGUAUGUAAAUCAGUGGUUUAUAGAAGAAAAUAUAAUAAUUUGGACCAAGAUUUAGCAGAGCAAGUGGACAUCGCUCUUUCCCAAUCCAACCAUCUCCAAUCCUUUCAUAGGAGUGUGGUUCAUAGGUGAUGUAAGCUUCAAGAGCACAGACUGACCUUCCCUCCCUCUCCCAAUUAGAGUCCUAGCCCCAUCCCACCAUCGCAAUGUUCUUCCAGGAUAAACUAAAAUAUUGAACAGGCAGGCUUGUCUUGCAUGAGAUUACCUUCCCAUUAAAAUAGAUCUCUAACUUAGAGUUACAUUUUACAUACAUAGCAAUAUACAAUAUAAACACUACUAUGAUUGGUAACCAUAGUGAAAUGUCAAGUGUACAAAUACUUAACUUAAAGUUACAAUGCAGCCUCCCAAGAUUGCAACCCAGAGAAGACGACCUUUUCAAUGUAUAGACAACCAAAACACAAAAUAUCUGGGAUACGGCUGAAAUAAGUCUAAAAGGAACAUAAAAAUAUACAAAUAGGGAAGUACAGUUAACACAAUUAUGCACUGUAUAUAAUUGCACUCAGAAGAUUGUGUAGAAUGAAUCGCUCAUAGGGUGCCUUCCCCGAUGUAGUGGGGACAUUUUACAUACAGACUGACCUCUAUCUUAAUCUGCUCUCCCCAAAAACUUCUUCUAACUCAUGCUAACAUUCAACAGCAAGUGGUGACUUUCCUUUUUUGUCAUUUACAGUUGUAGUAGCAAAAUCAGUCAUCUUAUAUAAUAAGUAUGUUUGUCAGACUGGACAGUAGAUGGCGCUGUUCCAUAUGUGUAACGUUACCUCUUCGCAGUCCCCAAGGUGAGGUCACUUCUGCGCCAGCUAAACGACGUUCCCCACACAUCCCGAUGUGCAAUGCUCCAUUGUGAUGGAAUUCGUGCCACAGAACGUUUUCCCUGUGCCCAUUUAUGUAUUAAAGGGACACUCUAGGCACCCAGACCACUUCUGCCCAUUGGAGUGGUCUGGGUGCCAACUCCCACUACCCUUAACCCUGCAACUGUAAAUAAUGCAGUUUUCAUAAACUGCAAUAUUUACAUUGCAGGGUUAACUCCUCCUUUAGUGGCUGUCUACUAGACAGCCACUAGAGGGCACUUCCUGGUCUAUAGCACAGGUUUUCUGUGCUAUAGCAUCGCUGGACAUCCUCACGCUAUGUGAGGACCUCCCGCUCGCUAAAAUCCCCAUAGGAAAGCAUUGAAAGCAUUUUCAAUGCUUUCCUAUGGAGAGGUCUAAUGGUUGUGCACGUCAUUGCCGUGCAUGCGCAUUAGGUCUCCCGCCGGCGGCCGCGCAUGUGCAAUAGGCCUCCCCCGCCGGAUGACGUCAGCGGGUGAGGAGCGUGGGCGGUUCCCUAAACCAGCGCCGCGGGACAUCGGCUCUGGAUACAGAUAAGUCACUGAAGGGGUUCUAACCCCUUCAGCAAUAUGGGAUGAGGGGUGGGAGGGAGAGGGGACCUGCAGUGCCAGGAAAACGAUUUGUUUUCCUGGCACUGGAGUGUCCCUUUAAAUCUACAUAGUGCUUUUUUAAUGUAGUGUGCACACAUUGAUGAAAUCGCACUGCCUUGUGUCCAUUACUACCCAGUACAGGGUAUAUAUAUAUACACACACUUCCUAACUAUUGCUGUUUCAUUGCCUGUCGUGGUUUUUGUAUAUCCGAGAGUGUGUUAUUGUCUAGUGAUUUACUGUUUAUCGACCUUGGCUUGUCUGACUAUUCUUGCUUUCUGUAAUUCUUACCGUGGCUUGUGUCUCGCUUCUGUUAUCCUCGAACUCGGCCUGCUUACAUUUAUUCUGUCACUGCUCGCUGAGGUUCUGUUUUAUUUACUCUAUGGUAGCCCGGCCACUCAAAGUUUUAGUAUGCACUCUAACUAUUGCACUGGCUUUAACUGAAACGGUCUAAUCACAUUUUUGUUUUUUUACCUGUAAGGUGUAAUCCCGACAUUUGUUUGAAUCCUGCCUAACAGAACACUAAAAUGUUAGGAAUACAAAUUGUAAUCCUAAUGCUUUCAUGCCCUGUCCCUAUUUAUAUAGGUUCACUCCCCCCUCCCUUGUGUGUUACUUUUUUAAUGCCAUGUGUUCAUCCAAGUUUCCCCAUUGAAUUAAUGCUUUCCUAUGGGGGCUUCCGCAUCACAUGAGUGAGUUGUGCUCAGUCAGUGCAACGGUAGCGCCUCCAGUGGCUGUCAGUGUAACAGCCAUUGGAGGUGUGUUUAACUCUCCAAGGUUUCUGAAAAACGACAAUGUUCUACCUUAAAUAGUUUGAUUGACGGGGCCCCAUUAACCUGUGUCAACGUGUGCUGCUAAAUCUAAGGUAUUUCUUUACUAAAAACUGAAAUGGAGUAAAAUGAAAAAUGAAUUGCAAAAAUAUUGGACAAUGGUAAAUAAAUAUAAAAAUUUGAUUAUAAAUUUAGUGAAAUUUAGUGUUUUAAAAAAUGAAGGUGUAUGUUUGACUGCCCAUCGCAUUCUGUUUCUAACUUGGCAUUAAUUUCAGCACCACAGGCUGAGUUCUCAAUCAUCUUUAAAUCCUGGGAUUUAAGAAAAAAAAAAUCUAAUUUGUAGAUACCUAUAUCUACAAAUUAGAUAUCUCUGUUGGCGAAACAUUAAUUUUAAGGUCAGGGAAGGAUCGGUACCUUUUUUAAAGGGGCACUCCAGACCCCUAAACAACUUUAGCUUGCUGAAAUGAUUUAUGUGUGAAGAGUGAGUCCUAUUUUUGAAAAAAUUGACACUUUUAUAAAUGUAGCUGGUUACAUCCGCUUGGCUUUCAAGCAGACAACAGGUUAUGUUACUUCCUGGUUUUGUUAGGUCAAUGCAGCUGACCUCAAGAAACAGCAAUUGCCCAGAGCACCUAACUUACAAAGACUUCUCAUUGAGCUGUAUUUGGAAGUCUGUGAUUGGACAGCCACAGAAAGUCUGGGCCGGGUUAAAAGGGGAGAGCAUGCAAAGGCAGCAGACCAGUGGUGUAUCCUGGUUUUGUGCUGCCCUAGGCAGGACAAAACUCAGGCACCCCCCUCACCCCACGCCACCCUCACCCAACCCUUCCCCCCACCCCACCUUCUAAAUACACACACACACACACACAAACAGUCAGACACACACACACACACAUAGUCAGACACACACACACAGUCAGACACAAACACACGCACACACACACACAGUCUCACACACACACACACAGUCAAACACACACAGUCAGACACAAACACACACACACACACACACACACACAGAGUCAGACACACACACACAGACACAAACACACACGCAGUCAGACACACACACACACAGUCAGACACACACACACAAACACACACACACACACAGUCAGACACACACAGUCAGACACAAACACUCACACACAAACACACACACAGUCAGACACACACACACACACAGUCAGACACACACACAAUCACUCACAUUAACACUUUUUUUUUUUAUUUACUCCCCCCCCCCAGCCUCAUUACCUUUGGGAGUGCUUGGGGGGGGGUUCCUCUCUCUCCCUGGUGGUCCAGUGGCUGCCGGUCAUGCUGAUGGGCUGGCUGAUGGGCGGGCGGCUGGCGAGGGAGCACUUCCUCUGAGCACUCUGCUCAGUCCCUCGCGCGCCGCAGGUGAGGCUGGGAGCCGGAAGAUGACGUCGCUCCCCGACCACUCCUGUGGCAGCUGAACAGCGCUCAGAGGCUUCUUAGCCACCUCCCACCAUCAGCCAGCGCCCAGCAUGUCUGUUAGCCGCAAGGCUAACAAGGCAUUCGCCCUGGGCAUUUGGGGGCGGCGUUUUUUGCCGCCCCCUGAAAAAUGCCGCCCAAGGCAAAUGCCUUGUUUGCCUUGCGGCUAAUACGUCCCUGCAGCAGACAAGAGAACUGCAGGUUUUGCAAACUAAUUUUAGAUAUAUAGUCAAUGAAAAAAUGCAACAGUAAAUGCUUGCAAGUUUUCAUUUGGGGUAUAUCUACUAAACAGUGAUGUUUAGUUGUUUGUUUUUUUAUUUGGGCAGUGGAGAGUCCCUUUAACAUUUAACGUGCAUGUAACUUAGAACGGGCAGGUAAAGGAACCCCAGGCACUUUGUUUCUAUCUACCCAUCCCUGAUCUUAUUCCAAUUUCUUGUUGAGCCUGAAAAAAUAAGGAUGCCUUUAUCAAGCUGUCUAACGAGUACCUCCAAGAAUUUACCCUGCUACAGAAGCACACAGGAAGGAUUCUUCCUGUGGUUCAAAGCAACUGUCACUUUUAGAAACUAACGUGUUAAAUAUGCAUUAAUCAUUCAUAACAAUGAGAUUCUAAUUAAUUUUCUAAUUCAAUCAGCAAAGGAAAUGUGGGACAAUUCAGAUACUGGAGGAAUUUUCAAUUUAGCGAUCUAUUGUUCUACACUCCGUUUUAAUUGUUGUGCUAACCAAUUUAUAAUCUUCUGAACAAAUCAUCUGAAUUAAAAUUGUUGUAUAUUUCUAUUUCAAGAUAAAAAGACAUAUUCCAUCUCGUCUCCUAGGCACAAUGCGUACAAAACGUUCCAUUUAUGUUCAUCCCUAUUCACAUGAUUUCAGCACAAAGAAAACCGGAGUCUGUAUAAUUUGCAAUCUGUGGCUUUUCACAUCGAAAUCAUGCUAAUGAUAAAGAUUUGAUUCAACUUGUACAAACUGUAUUAUAACCAAGAUUGGAAUAUACUGUAUAAAGUAUUUAUAGUCAGUUUGCAUAAGUCUGUAGGGGAAAUGUCACAUGCCAGGAUUUUUAACAUGUUCACUUAUCCCAUAUAUUUAACAAAGAUGAAUUUUAAGGUCUUAAAAAUAAAAUUAAAUCCACAUUGUUGUAUUUACCUUUACUCAAAAAGUAAGCACUCCCACCUGUCAAAGAGUUAUAAAAAAGCAACCUUUUCUGUUACUAGUUCUCUCGUUUAAAGUGUACCUUGAUUGCGCCUGAACUGAACUGGAUAGUGACGUUCUCGCAAAAUAUUUAAAAUAAACUUACAGGGAAAUUGUUACAUUCAGGAGUUUUAAAUAUCAUGCUUACUUAUCUAUCUAUCUAUCUAUCUAUAUAUAUAUAUAUAUAUACACUUGCUAAUUAUCAAUAGAUAGGUGGAUUUGUGAAAAAUAAAAUUAAAUACAGAAAUCCAUACUUCUUUAUCCCGCAAUUGGGUGCCUCCAUUUUAGCUCCCUGUCAUUCGUUGUUAUACCCUCGGUCCUUUGCACCUGAUAGUCAACAUAGAGAAAGCGUACAAAGAAGAGUUGAACUGAAACCCUGUUUCUAUUUGUUCUCUUCAUUUGCAUUGUGUGCCCUGGCGUUGCCCUGUCUUAACUGGAUUAAGAUGUCAUUUGAUAAAUCUUUAAAAUAAAUAAAUAAAUACAAAAAGUGGUGCUUGUCAUGAAAACAAUUAUCACAGGUUAUAGGUUAUUUUCAAUUAUUUAAUUAUGUGUUUCCCUUCACUGAAAAAAACCCAAGGCUAAUACAAGUUAUAGGAAAUAUUUAAUAUUUUAUUAGUGAAUUUUCUAGAGCUGUGAUGGUUCCCCUUUCAGAAAGCAAUCGCAUUACUGUAGAAUUUGUUUUAUAUGACCUUUAUGAUUUUACAUGACCUUUAUUAACCAACUAAUUAAUCUUAUUCAUUAAUAAGUUAUUUGUGGCAGAUAGAAAAUGGAGGCAAGAACUAUGCAGUUGGUAAUUCUUGCUGUGUUGUAAAUGUCUUAUAAUAUAUUUUUUGUCCUUUUCUUAAUUAUAGACAGAUAACUGUGGAGGUACUACCCGAUGUGUGUUAGUUUCUGCACAUAUCAUGCCAUUUACCCUUUACCCUUUCCAAAAAUACUGUAGAUAAUUUUUUUUCUUACUCGUCAAAUUUGCCCUUCGGGGUUCCUCCUGAAAUUCAGUAGCAGUUUCUCUCAUUAAACUAAUGUUGCUGCCAUUGCCGUAAUAGGCCUUUUUAAAAACUUUUUUUUCAAAAAACUUUAUUUGGCCAAACAAAGAGGUUGGUUUUUUUCUAUGCCAUCUACAUCAAAAUGAUAUAUAGAUCAAAUCUAUUGUGGUUGAGCUAUUGUACCAGUAAGCAUUUUAUCUGUGGUCUGCAACUAUACAAGAACUGUAUAUACAAUAAUGUAUACAGCCAGACGGUAUUCUGACGUUCGUAUCCACUAACACCAUCUAUUGAUAUACUUGGAUAAUUUCAGGAAAAGAGUGUUGGGAACAUGCAUGAUGUUUUCUAUAGAAGACGAUUAUGGUUUCUGGCAAUUUUAUUGAUGCAAUUUAAAGUGACACAUAAUCCAGUUAUUUAUAUAUAUAAUUAUAUUUUGUAAUUUAUAUUUUUAUUGAGAUGAUAGUACAUCACACAGACGCUUAAAUAUCCAGCAUACAGCUGAGUAACAGAUUGCAUAUAGGAAUUGUCAUAAACUGAACUGGCACUAGCAUCUCAUUUUUAAAAGGAAAAUAAAAUGAUAAUAAAGUUACGUAAACAGACGAAUAUACAGCCUCUGAAACUGCCAAAAGAUCAAGUUAGUGUAUUAAAUUAUCAUGCAAAACAUUUAUUGUCAAUCAACUAUGUAACUAUGUAAGAAGUAUGCUUGUCAGCCAGCCGUUAUAGUAAAUAACAUUAAAGGGACACUAUAGUCACCAGAACAACUACAGCUUAAUGUAGUUGUUCUGGUGCCUGCUGCCUCAACCUGCAGGCUUUUCAAUGUAAACACUGGCUUUUCAGAGAAAAUGCAGGUUUUGCAUUAUAGCCUAGGGACACCUCCGGUGGUCACUCCUCAGAUAGCUACAGUAGGUGCUUCCAGAUGGCUACAGUAGUUGCUUUCUGACAUUCAGUGUCUCCAUGCUCUGCAUGGAGUCGCUGAACUGUCCUCCUAGAGAGGCAUUGAUUCAAUGCAUUUCUAUGAGGAGAUUCUGAUUGGUGCUGAGCAGCAGGAUUGGCUGAGAUCAUCAAGUUUAGCGAUCUCAGUCAAGUGUGGCCAUCUGGGACUUACCUGCGCAGCACUGGAAGUAAUGUAAGCUAAAUCACCUUUCACUUAGCUGUCAGGGGGCCGGCCACUAAAUAUUGCAUUAAAAGCUAUAGUGACAAGAAUAAUGUUUGUAAUCCUGUCACUAUUGCGUUCCUUUAAGCAUUAAGUCAAUACAUGCUGAGAUGUUAGCAUAGAAAACCAGUAAGUGUUAACGAGGCAAGUAUAUGUUAUGUGAAGAAACUAUUCAGUAGUAUUUUUCAUGCUGCUGUAAUCGCUGAUGCUCACUGACCGGUUGCUCCUAGCAAAACCAAAUGUGUUUGUGAGACUAAAAAAGAAAAUUAACUAUAGAAAUCCCUGAGUACUGAGUACAUCCAUCUUGGCUCCCUGUCAAUCAUUUGCAUAAGCCCUGCCCUUUUCAAUCAUUAAAACAAAAUCAGCCUUUCCACCUAUCAGUCAGCACAGAGAUCUCCUCAAAACAUGUAUCAAACAUCUUCAUGGAAGGAACAUAGUAAAGACAGGAACCGGAAAUAAUGUUUCUGUUUCUCAUCUUUCAAAGCAAUGUAUGCCCUGGUCAUGCCAGGACUAAAGUGGAUUGUGAUGUCAUAUAUAUUUAAAAGAAAAUGGAGACUCACAGAAAAAAAUACCACCCAUGAUUUUCAGUGUUUUAGCCAGUUGUGUAAUUUCCAAAGAUGUUCCAUUUAAACCUCUCUAUUUCCAUUCUAUUUUUAAAAAUUUAAUUCAAGAAGAAGAAUUAAUGGAGUAGGCAACCUUCCGCCUACUUAUCUCCCAUAAUGCUCUAAAAGCCAUAAUACUGGCAAAGCAUCAGGGGAUAUGUAGUCAACAACAUCUGGAAUUCCAUGGGUUGUUUACCCCUGCUCUACAUUGUAUAUUGCUAUAAGCUUUUUUCUCAUAUUUAAGUUAUUUGUGAAGCCAUAAAUUGUAGAUUAAUUGUAUAAGAGUUUUUACGUUCACUGAGGUCACCUAGCACUUGUUUCUUGAAAAUAUAAAAAUUCUGUCUUGUUUGGGUGUUACACCAAUGCCAACGUACAUAGUAAAAGUAAAAACAGAGCACAUUAACAAGUCUUCCAAUUAUCAAUUGAUUUACCAGGUGGUUAUAACAUAAAAACAUAAUUGUUCUUGAUAGAGAGCCAUGUGAGGAUCAAAAUGUUGAUAUCACCACUGGGUGAGUAAAUCGAUAAAAGGAAGAAUGUAACCGAUUCGUGACUGCACUGGAAAGAUCUGAAAUGCGUUGCCGCUAAUUCUUCUCUUACUUCACACCAGAUUUGACUUGUACGUUGUGUCUGCACUUUUUUUCUUAGAAAAUUAACAAUAUUCUCUUUGUCUUUUAGGCUUUGGAAUGACAACCCCAGCCACGAUUGCGGGGAAAAUUUUUCUAAUCUUCUAUGGUCUUGUUGGAUGCGCAGCGACCAUCUUAUUUUUUAACCUCUUUCUGGAACGCUUGAUCACGGUUAUUGCUUAUAUAAUGAAAUCAUUUCACGAGAGACAAUUAAGAAGAAAGGAUGGUCAGCCCCCAGAAAUGCGUCGAGGCUCUGGUAACUCAGAGGUGGAUAGUCUAGCUGGAUGGAAACCUUCUGUGUACUAUGUAAUGCUCAUUCUGUGCGUGGCAUCCAUUAUCAUAUCCUGUUGUGCCUCUGCCAUGUACUCACCAAUCGAAAAAUGGGGCUAUUUUGAUUCACUUUAUUUCUGCUUUGUUGCCUUUAGCACUAUAGGUUUUGGUGAUAUGGUUAGUAGUCAAAAAGCCAAAUAUGAAAACCAAGGACUGUACCGGUUUGGUAAUUUUAUAUUUAUACUUAUGGGUGUCUGCUGUAUGUAUUCGUUGUUUAAUGUUAUUUCUAUAGUCAUUAAGCAGUGUGUUAACUGGAUAUUAAAGAAGUUAGACUGCAGGUGCUGCCAAAAAUGCCAAAGAAAACUAUUUAGGCCUAAGAGGAAUGUGGUAAUGCCAGGAAACAUUCGAACUAGACGGAACAUCUCUAUCGAAACUGAUGGUAUUUACGAGAGUGAAACAGACGGGAGGCGGAUGUCCGGAGAAAUGAUCUCCAUGAAGGACUUCUUGGCUUCAAAUAAAGUCUCAUUGGCUAUCAUGCAGAAGCAACUCUCAGAAACGGCCAAUGGUUGUCCACGGCAAAUUGGCACAAGUUCUAGACACAAUGGGUUCUCGGGUGGUGUGGGGGCAUUAGCAAUUAUGAAUAAUCGCCUUGCAGAGACUAGUGUGGACCGGUGA